CCAGCCUUGCCUCAGGUGUAGGGAUUUGCAAGGAGAAAAACAGAACUACACAGCUAAGAAACUGUGUGGUUUUGUUUUGGGGGGGAUAUUUGGGAGGCUCAACCGUUCUCACCUUGGAUUUUCUGGAAACAUUUCUGGAUAAAGAGAUAGCUGCUGAGGCUAUAGCCAUCUGGGCACUGUCCCAUCUGUUCAAGGCACCCUUGUGGAUACAAGGUGCCAUCCACAAUGUCAACACAGGCGCCAACAUUUACACAGCCGCUGCAGAGCGUUGUGGCACUAGAGGGUAGUGCCGCAACGUUCGAGGCUCAAGUUAGUGGUAAUCCAGUUCCUGAGGUGAGCUGGUUCCGUGAUGGCCAGGUUCUUUCCGCUGCCGCUCUGCCCGGUGCACAGAUCUCGUUCAGCGAUGGCCGCGCUGUUCUGAUGAUCCCUGCUGUGACAGCCGCACACAGUGGAAGAUUUUCUGUGAGAGCCACCAAUGGUGCUGGACAAGCCACUAGCACCGCUGAACUUCUUGUUACAGUGGAGACCGCGCCGCCCAACUUUAUUCAGAGACUUCAGAGUAUGACCGUAAGACAAGGAAGCCAAGUGAGACUGGAUGUUCGUGUUGCAGGAAUCCCUACACCUGUGGUAAAGUUCUACAGAGAGGGAGCUGAGAUACAAAGCUCUGCUGACUUUCAGAUUGUUCAAGAAGGAGACCUUUACAGUUUGUUGAUUGCCGAAGCCUUCCCAGAGGAUUCUGGAACUUACUCGGUAAAUGCUUCAAACAGCAGCGGACGGGCUACCUCUACUGCUGAACUGCUGGUUCAAGGUGAAGAGGUAGCAGUCCCUGCUAAGAAGACAAAGACUGUUAUGUCAGCAUCUUCUCAGAUGAUGUCUUCUCAGACCCGCCAGACCAGAGAGACCAGAAGAGUGGAGUCACAUUUCCAGUCCAGCUCUAUGAUGGAAAUGCGUGUUGAAGGUGGUGUAGUGAGCCAGACAUUGGCACACAAGACACCCCCACGUGUGCCUCCAAAGCCAACCUCAACCUCCAAGUCCCCAACACCACCAUCUCUUGCAGCCAGGGUUGCAGGGGGACGUCAUCAGUCACCAUCACCUGUGAGACAUGUCAAGGCGCCCACUCCGGCCCCUGUCAGGUCUGCCUCUCCCAUUUCUUCCUCAAGACUGUCUGUGUCACCAAUCAGACCAGUAAAAUCCCCACUGACCACACGCAAACAAGUAUCCCAUAGUCCAGAUGUGCCUCCACCAUGGAAGCAGGGAGAGGGAUUAGUGGCAGAGUCCAGCUACAGCAUGACUGCUGCCUCUAGUGCCACCCAUGUCCAGACUUCUGCCACCCAUGUUCACAUGGAGCAGCACUGGGAGGGCUCUUAUGGAUUGAAAACGACUGGUGCUGCUGUAUCUGGUGUCGCUGUGAGAGAGGUUGAGGGUGGGAAAAAAGCGGAGGCAAAGGCUACAGUGGUUGCUGCUGUUGACCUAGCACGCGUUCGGAAGCCAAUGCAUUCAGAGGGUGGUUAUGCUGAAGAGGAAACCAUAGAUUCUGAUUUAAAACAGCAGUCGAUGCUGUCUACUACUGAGCAACAAUUCUCAACGAGGACUGAGGCUGGGCAAAAGCAAACAACAAUUCAAACCUUUGCUCCUGAACAGAGUAUUCAUGUCUCCCAGAUGCAAAGAACUACCACUCAAGUGGAUACUGGCCUUGCACCAUCCCCAAUUCCACAUUUCACAGUUUCAAAAGUUAUGGUUCCUAAACCUGACCAUAGCUAUGAGGUUUCGAUAGCAGGUUCUGCUAUUGCCACACUGCAGAAAGAGUUAUCCUCUACCUCUGCACAUGCUGCUCAAAAGAUCAUCAAGCCAGUCAAGCCUCCAUCUCAUAAGAUUGUGGUGGCGACAAGAGUGACGCCAGAGCCGACCCCGCCUCCGUUUAAAGAUAUCACAGACAGAUAUCAGACACAUUUCGACACUCAGUUACAGCAGAAACAGAUAGGCACUUCGUUUUCAGGGGGCAUGGAGCAAAUUUAUGAGGACUGGGAACAACAGGUUGUUGAAACAGCAGUUGUUCCAUCACCCAUGGAGGAGCCAACUGUGCCACCUACUCUUGUGGCUGGCUUGAAGAACUUGACUGUGACUGAGGGUGAAUCUGUGACUCUGGAAUGCCAGAUCACUGGUCACCCUGCCCCUGGCAUCAUGUGGUUCAGAGAGGACUACAGAAUUGAGAGCUCCAUUGACUUCCAGAUCACUUAUGAGAGUAAAUGUGCCCGUCUGGUCAUCCGCGAGGCCUUCGCAGAAGACAGCGGUCGCUUCACUUGCACUGCUACUAGCGAGGCUGGAACCAUCAGUACAUCCUGCUACCUGCUUGUCCAGGUGUCAGAGGAGAUUGAGAGCAGAGAGGACACUACUGUGUCUGAACAUGUUGAAACUUCUGCAGAGCAUCAGAUUAGCGUUGGCGCCAAGGAGGAGACCAUGUUGGAGGUGAGCGCUGUUACAGAGACUGUGGAAGCAGCUCCCUUCUUUGUCAAGAAGCCAACUGUACAGAAGUUGGUGGAGGGCGGAAGUGUUGUCUUUGAGUGCCAGAUCGGAGGCAGCCCCAAGCCACACAUUAUCUGGAAGAAGAGUGGAGUGCCCCUUACUACUGGAUACAGAUAUAAAGUGCACUACAAUAAGGAGAGUGGAAUGUGUAAAUUGGAGAUCUCCAUGACAUUUGCUGAUGAUGCUGGAGAGUACUCCAUCUUUGUCAAGAACCCGCUUGGAGAAGAGUCUGCCUCAGCCAGUCUGCUUGAGGAAGAGGAAUAUGAAGAAUACAUGAAGAAACAUGAAGUGACAUAUAAGACUGAAGUGACUACAAUGGUGCAGGAGCCCAAAGUGGCAGAUGUACCAACUGUUGCUGUUAGUGACUAUGAGACAGAACAGAGGAUGUACAUGCAUCACAGAAUGACUCAGCAGGCCCAGGCGACACGCACCUUUAUCUCCGAGCAGGAACUCAAGGUUACUGUCGUUGAGGAGAGGAUUAUCCAUGAGAUUGAGGUCCGCAUCAUGCAGAUUACAUACCAACAAAUUGUGACUGAGGAUCGGGAAGAGAUGGUGACUGUGGCAGAUCGUGAGGCUGUACAGUCAGCCUUUAGCACUCCAGUUAAAAACUACAGGAUCAUGGAAGGAAUGGGUGUUACUUUCCACUGCAAAAUGGCUGGAACUCCAUUGCCCAAGAUCGCAUGGUACAAAGAUGGCAAGCGUAUCCAUCAUGGCGGCCGUUACCAGAUGGAGAGUCUUCAGGAUGGUAGAGCCAGCCUGCGUCUUCCUGUGGUGCUGCCAGAGGAUGAAGGUGUUUACACAGCAUUAGCUAGCAACAUGAAGGGCAACUCUGUAAGCUCUGGGAAACUGUAUGUGGUUCCCACUGCAGGAGCAGAAGCUCCACAGAUGCCUGAGUCACCGGCUAUGCAGCGAAUGAGGUCCACAUCCCCACGCUCUACAAGCCGCUCUCCCGGACGCUCUCCCGGACGCUCUCCUGCUCGCAGGCUUGAUGACACUGAUGAGAGUCAGCUGGAGAGACUGUACAAGCCUGUGUUUGUCUUGAAACCACAGUCAUUCAAGUGUGCUGAAGGGCAGACUGCCAGAUUUGACCUGAAAGUAGUUGGUAGACCCAUGCCUGACACCUUCUGGUUCCACAAUGGACAACAAGUUGUCAAUGAUUACACCCACAAGAUAGUGGUGAAGGAAGAUGGAACUACGUCACUGAUUGUGGUUCCAGCCAUGCCCCAUGACUCUGGAGAGUGGACCGUGGUCGCUCAGAACAGAGCUGGAAGGACCUCUGUCUCCAUGACACUUACAGUUGAUGCCAAAGAAAACUUGAUUAGACCCCAGUUUAUUGAGAAGUUGAAGAACAUCAGUAUUAAGCAAGGCACUCUGGUUGAGUUGGCUGUCAAAGCCAUCGGAAACCCGCUGCCUGAUAUUGUUUGGCUGAAAAACAGUGACAUCAUCUCCCCAGUGAAGCACCCAAAUAUCAAGAUUGAAGGCACCAAAGGAGAGGCCAAAUUCCAGAUCCCCCAAACAGUAGGCACUGAUAGUGCUUGGUACACAGCCACAGCCAUUAACAAAGCUGGAAGAGAUACCACUCGCUGCAGGGUCAACGUUGAGGUGGAAACUGCUGAACCUGCACCAGAGAGGAGGCUCAUUAUUCCCAAGGGAACAUACAAGGCCAAGGAAAUUGCAGCUCCAGAGUUGGAAUCCCUGCAUCUCCGUUAUGGUCAAGAGCAGUGGGAGGAGGCUGACCUAUAUGACAAGGACAAGCAGCAAAAACCACAGUUCAAGAAGAAGCUGACUUCCGUCAGGCUGAAGCAUUCUGGUGUUGUCCACUUUGAAUGCAGACUGACCCCUAUUGGCGAUCCCACUAUGGUGGUUGAGUGGUUGCUUGAUGGCAAACCCCUGGCAGCUGCUAACAGAUUGCGCAUGGUUAACGAAUUUGGCUACUGUAGUCUUGACUUUGAAGUUGCCUAUGCCAGAGACAGUGGUGUCAUCACCUGCAGAGCCACUAACACAUUUGGUGCCGAUCAGACCUCGGCUACACUGAUUGUAAAGGAGGAGAAGAGCAUGGUGGAGGAAACUCAGUUACCUGAGGGCAGGAGGGGAAUACACAGAAUUGAUGAGAUGGAGCGCAUGGCUCACGAGGGAGGUCCUUCUGGAGUCACUGCUGAUGAGUAUUCAGAGAAGUCAAAGCCUGAAAUUGUCCUUCUUCCUGAGAAUGCAAAUGUGCAGGAAGGUGAAAUUGCAAGGUUCCGUUGCAGAGUAACUGGUUAUCCUACACCUAAGGUCAACUGGUACCUCAAUGGGCAGCUCAUUCGCAAGAGCAAGAGAAUGAGACUUCGCUAUGAUGGCAUUUACUAUCUUGAGAUUAUCGAUAUCAAGUCAUAUGAUGCAGGAGAUGUCAAAGUGGUAGCAGAGAACCCUGAGGGCACAGCUGAGCAUAUGGUGAAGCUGGAGAUCACACAGAAAGAGGACUUCAGAUCCAUUCUUCGUCGUGCACCAGAGCCUAAGGCCCCAGAGCCUAGCACCAUGGCUGAACAUGGCAGAGUUUCCUUUGAUAUAGUAAAGGUUGAAAAAGCAACUGCCACCAAAGAGACCAAAGAGGUAGUGCAACUGAAGAAGACCGAAAGAGUCAUCCAUUCAAAAGCCACAGAGGAGACAGACGAGUUGAAGGGCAAAUUUAAGCGCAGGACAGAGGAAGGUUAUUAUGAAGCCAUCACUGCUGUGGAGCUCAAGUCUCGUAAGAAGGAUGAGUCCUAUGAGGAUAUGCUUAGGAAGAGGAAGGAAGAACUGCUUCACCAUCAGAAACUGUUGUCUGAGGCUGAGAAGAAGAAAGAGGAGGAACACAAGGUUCAUGCUUCCUCAAUUAAACCAGAGAGAGUAAAGCUCUCUCCCAGCAUGGAAGCUCCAAAGAUCAUUGAACGCAUUGCUAGUCAGACCGUGUCUCAGAUGGAAGAAGUUCACUUCAGAGUCCGAGUUACCGGUAGACCAGACCCUGAGUGCCAGUGGUUCAAGAAUGGAAUUCUGCUGGAGAAAACAGAUCGCAUUUACUCCUUCUGGCCUGAAGACCACGUGUGUGAAUUAGUAAUAAGAGAUGUCACAGCAGAAGACUCUGCUAGCAUCAUGGUCAAAGCCGUGAACAUUGCUGGAGAGACUUCAAGCCAUGCAUUCUUAUUGGUGCAAGCAAAGACAGUCAUCACCUUCACACAAGAACUAGAAGAGAUCAACGUGAAAGAGAAAGACACCAUGGCGACCUUUGAGUGUGAGACCAAUGAGCCUUUUGUCAAAGUCAAAUGGCUGAAGAACAAUGCAGAGAUUUUCUCUGGAGACAAAUACAGGAUGCACUCAGACAGAAAGGUUCAUUUCCUUUCUGUACUGAUCAUCAACAUGAAGGACGAUGCAGAAUACAGUUGUGCUGUUGUUGAAGAUGACCACAUCAGGACCACUGCCAGACUCAACGUGGAAGGUGCCCCACUGUCAAUUGUGAAGAGGCUGGAGAACAUUGAGGUGCCUGAGACCUACUCUGGGGAGUUUGAGUGUGAAGUGUCUCGAGAGGAUGCCGAAGGUGUAUGGCAUUUUGAGAACAAGGAGCUCACUCCCAGCAGCAAGCACGCCAUCUCCUCCCGCCGUGGACGCCACAGUUUAUCUGUGAAAGAUGUCAAGAAAGAAGACCAAGGAAAAUAUACAUUCACCACGGGUGAAUUCAAGACAAGUGCCUCCCUGAAGAUGAAACUGCGCCCUGUGACCCUGUUGCAUCCCCUCUCUGAUAUGACAAUCUGUGAGGGUGACAUCAGCCAGUUUGAGGUGCGAUUCUCUCAAGAAAAUGUUGAGGGCACUUGGAUGAAGAAUGGUGUUGCCAUUGAAGCCUCAGAUCGCAUCCACAUGGUUAUUGACAAGCUCAUCCAUAAACUUCUCAUAGAGGAUACAGGCAGGCUUGAUGGUGGAAUGUACUCCUUUGUAGUUCCUGCUCAGGACAUUUCCACCACUGCAAAGCUGACUGUUCAAACGAUUAGCAUCUUGACCCCACUCAAAGAUAUUACAUCAGUUGAGGGCACCAAGGCUGUUAUGGAGGCUAAAAUCUCUGCUGCAGAUAUUAGCUCAAUUAAGUGGUUCCACAAUGACAAGCUUGUGAUGCCCAGUGAGAGAAUCCAGAUUGUUCCAAAGGGAUCCAAACAGCGUCUGGUGUUCAAUAGGACCUUCGCCUCUGAUGAAGGAACCUACAAGCUAUGUGUUGGCAAAGCUGACUCUAGCUGUAAACUGAUGGUCCAAAAAAUUUCAAUUGUGAAGCAAAUGGUGGAUCAAGUUUGCACAGAGACACAGCACGUCACAUUUAAUGUGGAGGUGUCCCACCCUGGCAUUGAUGGUAUCUGGACCUUCAAGAAACAACAUCUGAAAAAUGAUUCCAAGUACAAGAUAGUGACCAAGGGCAAGAACCACAGUAUGACUGUCAUUAAUGCCAUGAAGGAUGAAGAGGGGCAAUACACAUUCGCUGCUGGUGAACAGACAUCCAGCGCAAAGCUUACUGUGUCAGGUGGCGCUAUAUCCAGACCCCUGCAUGACAUAAUUGUGGCUGACUCUCAGACGGCUGAGUUUGAGUGUGAGGUGGCCAACCCAACUGCUGAGGGCAAUUGGCUGAAGGACGGACAACCUUGUGACUUUGGUGAAAAUGUCAGGAGUGAGAAAAAAGGAGCUGUCAGACGUCUUGUUAUUGUCAUAACCAGACCCAAUGACAUCGGUGAAUACACUUACCAGAUUGCAAACUCCAAGACAACAGCCAACCUGAGAGUUGAGGCUGUGAAAGUCAAGAAGACCCUGAAGAACCAAACUGUCACUGAGACACAAGAAGCAGCAUUCAUUCUGGAGCUCAGCCAUGAGCAUGUGAAGGGCUCACAAUGGAUUAAGAAUGGCGUAGAGAUCCAACCUAGUGAGAAAUAUGAUAUCACCGUUGAUGGUAUGAUCCACACCUUGAAGAUCAAGAACUGCAACAUACACGAUGAAUCAGUUUAUGGAUUCAAACUUGGAAAACUAUCUGCUAAUGCCAGAUUGAACGUUGAGGCAAUUACUAUAACGAAGAAGCCUAAAGAUGUGACAUCGCUAUUGGAUGCCACUGCCUCUUUUGAGCUGAGUCUGUCUCAUGAUGACAUCCCUAUCAAAUGGAUGUUCAACAACGUUGAGCUUAAACCAAGUGAAAACAUCAAAAUGAUGUCUGAGAGAAAAGCUCACAAGCUGAUCAUCCAGAAUGUGGAUGACCACAAGGCAGGAGAGUACACUGCUAUGGUUGGACAUGUGCAGUGCAGUGCUCAUUUAUUUGUUGAAUCUCUGCGUGUCACAAAACCCAUCAAGAACAUUGAAGUCCCAGAGACCCAGGUGGCCACCUUUGAAUGUGAAGUUUCACAUUUCAAUGUCCCAUCCACCUGGCUGAAAAAUGGAGUGGAGAUCGAAAUGAGUGAAAAGUUCAGGAUUGUGGUGCAGGGCAAACUUCACCAGCUCAAGAUUAUGAACACUAGCAGUGGAGACUCUGCAGAAUACACCUUUGUCUGUGGAAAUGACAAAGUCUCUGCAACUCUGAAAGUUAGCCCCAUUCUGAUCACCUCCAUGCUGGAAGACCUCAAUGCACAGGAGAAAGACACCAUCACAUUUGAAGUGAAUGUCAACUAUGAGGGCAUCACCUACAAGUGGCUCAAGAAUGGUGUUGAGAUACGCUCCACUGACAGAUGCCAGAGCCGCACCAAACAGCUAACUCACUCUCUCACCAUCCGAAAUGUUCAUUUUGGUGACGGUGCGGAGUAUAAGUUUGUUGCUGGCUCUGCUACAACUACAGCCAGCCUAUAUGUCGAUGCACGCGUUAUUGAAUUCACCAAGCACAUCAAAGAUAUCAAGAUCACAGAGAAGAAGAGGGCCACUUUUGAAUGUGAGAUCUCUGAGCCUAAUGCUCAGGUGAUGUGGAUGAAAGAUGGACAGGAGCUGGAAAUGUCUGAAAGAUACAAAGUCUCCACUGAGAAAUUCCUGCACCGUCUAAUGAUCCAGUCAGUCCGCCUGUCUGAUGCCGCAGAGUAUUCUGUGGUCGCUGGUGCAAGCAUGUCAAAGGCUCAUCUCACCGUGGAGGGGCGUGACGUCCGCAUCACAGAACCAGAGGAGAAAGAAUUCACGGUUGUUGAGAAACAAAAAACGUCAUUUGAGUUUGAAGUCAGUGAGGACGACGUUGAAGGUCGCUGGCUGAGGAACGGUGCUGAGAUCCAGUUCCACCUUGACGAUAGGCUCCACUAUAUUGCCAUUAGAAAGGUCCACCGCAUGACCAUCUCUGAAACCUAUAGAAAUGAUGCAGGGGAGUACACCUUCAUCGCUGGCAAGAACAGGGUUAUGGUGACUCUACAUGUCAAUAUCCCUGAGCCACCUCAGAUCGUUCGCGGCAUGCAGGCCCUGUCUGUGGAGGCUGGCAAACCAGCUAGAUUUGCUGUGGAAGUGACUGGCGUCCCCCAGCCCCAGGUGUUAUGGUACAAAAACUCCCAGGCUCUCUCCCCUGGCUUCAAGUGCAAGUUCCUGCGUGAAGGAAACGAGCACACUCUGCUUCUCAUCGAAGUGUUCCCAGAGGACGCAGCAUUGUACAACUGCGAGGCCAAGAAUGACGUUGGGCUUGCCACCAGCUCAGCACCACUCCAUGUGGAAGUUUCAGAAGUCGUUUCUCCUGACACUGGAUCUCCACUGUCCAAGCCUGUGAUCAUAACACCAAUGAACAACACCUCAGUCAAUGAGGGAGAGGCUGCUAGGUUCCAGUGCAGAAUCUCUGGUGAAGAUCUAAAGAUUUCUUGGUACGUCCACAAGAAAGAGAUCGGACAGUCUAAUGCCUUCAGGAUGUCUCAGUUCGAUGACACCUGCCUGCUGGAGAUUUCCAGAGUGUACCCCGAGGAUGAAGGGGAAUACACCUGUGUUGCCAGAAACUCAGCAGGAAUGGUCACUUGCGCCGGAUAUCUGGCACUUGAAGUGGUUGAAAAGGAGGUGGAGAUAAAGGAAAAGGAAGUCAGAGCUUUCUCUAGCUUCAUUGUCUCAGCUGAAGAGGAAAAACAGGAGUCUUACUUCACCGGUCUACAAUUAGGCAAAAGCAAAACACUUGAACUCAAGCCAGAGUCCAAACUUUAUUCUAGCACAAUGGAGAAGAAAAAAGAAAAGCCUGUUUUUGUGACCCAACUCUCACCAGCAGCUGUCACUAUUGGGGACACAGCUAGAUUUACUGUCACAGUAUCUUGUCUUCCAAAGCCUAAUGUCCAGUGGUUCCACAAUGGUCGGGUUAUAACAAGUUCAUCAGUUUACACAUUUGUUCAAGAGCGAGAUGAAUAUACCCUUGUCAUUAACAAAGUAGAGAAGGAAUUUGAAGGAGAAUACUCCUGUACUGCAAGCAACAGGUUUGGUCAAUCAACCUGUACUACUUUCCUGAACAUUCAAGUAAGUGACACAAAGAAACCAGAGAGGCAGGUUGAGAAAAUGUUCAAACCCUCUGGCCAACCACCUGAAUUUAUUAAAACUAUUGAGCCUGUACAAUGCUCUGAAGGGGGUCAAGCUCUCUUUAAGUAUAUUGUCACUGGGAAUCCCCUUCCAGAGGUUCAGUGGCUUAAAGGCAGUUAUCAAAUUCAGCCCAGUAAGUAUUGUAUUGUGGUGAACAACCCAGAUGGCUCUGGCUUCAUCAACAUGAAGGGCAUCCAAAAGGAGGACAGUGGCCACUACACUUGUAGAGCUUCCAACCCAUCUGGGGAGGCCUCUUGUAGUGCUGAGCUAAUCGUGUUCAGAGAGUCUGUCUCUGUAUCUCAGCAACAGGAACAACAUGUGGUUGUUCAGAAACAAAAAGGUUAUAAAGUAUCCAUGACUGAACAGGCUACAGAGUCACGCUUGUACAUGGUCAACCUUCCUGGAGAAGCCAGGGCCAGAGAUCAGAUGGUGUACACCAUAGGUACCGAGGACAGACAGUUUGUUUCCAGCGAGCAAGUGGACACACUUAGAGAGUUGGAUAUCUCUGCUGCUACCCUUCAUAGAGAGCGAGUCACCCACCAGGCUGCAGUGCUGCAGUCACAUGAGGUAGAAGAGAGAGUGUCUGUGACUCCCAACAGACCACAUCCAGCCUCAGCUGCGCCUAUUAAACAACUGCAUAUGGCCGCUUUUACAACUGCUGUCCAAGAGAGCCAAAAGCUCAUAGAGCAACAUUCUGACCGUAUCCAAAGCCCGGAAAUCUUAGAGCUUGAGCCUGCAAGGGAACAUCAUUCAAACGUAAUGUCUGCCACGUCAGAAGAGGUUAUUCCUCUAAGCACAGUGAGAGCUGAGGUUUUAGGAGACAGAAAACCAGAACAGAUCAAGUCAUCUACGGAACCAAAACAGGUCGUCAGUAGUCAUCUAGUUGAAACCAGGUUACCAAUUCUGAAAGAGAAAUUAGGCACUACCACUAGGCCUGAGGAGGAGAGAAGCUUCAGAGUUACAGAGGGUGUUAAGAUUUUAUAUACCGCUACAUCGACUGGGCAACUGCCACUAUCAGAGCGCCAUUGUGAUACGCUAUCAACAUCGGAUAAACCCACUCAGUCCCUGCUAGAGAAGGAACGUCCUAAGCCAGUGGUUGCACCGGUCAGUGAGACUAAACUUACUUUAUCCAAAGAGCAGAGAUUUGAAAUACACAAACCUGAAAAAGAGAGCGCAUUGGUAAGUAAAGAUAGGUUAUUUACAUCAGCCAUGAGCGCUGAAGAAAAACACCUGCUCCAAGCUGAACACUCAAAAGCGAUUCCAGGUUUGGAAAACGCUAUGUCUUUGCAAUUUCAAAAAGAAGAGGAACAGCUCUUACAUCUACAGAUGAUUAGUAAGCAAGAUAUAUUGCAGUCUGAAGGUAGAUUUACUUGCGAGAAGCCAUUGCCAGAGAGUGCAGAUGCAAGAAAAAGCCCUACUUUGUUGCACACGGUCACCUACGAUGAAUGGAAAUCUGUCACUUGUGAAAAGAUAUCUGAGUUUUCAGCUCAGCUGGACACAAUUUCAAUUGAACCAAGAAAAGAGGCCAAAGCUCCUUUACAUCUUCUGUCUAUUCAGUCAGAAAGCGUGUUACCUAAAGAAGGUAUACUUAGCCCUGAGAAGCCAGAUCAGCAGACUGCACUACAGAAACAGGAAAGAGCCCGCAAACAUGCAGCAACCUCAGAGGAAAAAAGGGAGCUUAGCACAGAUUAUUCCAAAGACCUUGAUGUGUCCGUGACAGGAGUUCAGUCAGAGCUUAGAACAGAACCCAGACCUCAGAACAUCCUUCAGGUCACAUCAAUGCCCAUGCAGAUAUCCAAAGAAACACCAUUUACUAGUGAUGUCAAACAGCAGCGUGCUUUCAUUCAAAAGGAGGAUCGCUGGAACAUUAUGCAAUCAGUAACUGUGGUUGACACUCACAGUUUAGAAGAGGGGCAUACCAUAAGUUUGAAAGCAAAUGAUGCAUUCAAACCUGUAGUGAAAAUUGAACCCAAGAUCCCGACAAAGCCUGUCUAUAUUGAAGAGAAGGCAAUAGCGACUGAAGGUUGUGCCAUUUUAGAUGCAGCUGAACAGGAUUUUGCUGUUCAGAUCCACGAAGGUCAGUCAGUGAGACAAUCAAUAUUAUUGGAGGAGAAACACAUAAUUGUUGGUGAGCAAUCAAGUGAAAUUGGAAAAUCUGCGGGAUUGGUUGUUAGUGUAAAGACUCAGCCUAAAGGGGUAUUAUUUGUGCACGAGUCUCAGGAGAGCCAUGUUCUUCCAAAGGAACUUACCUUUGUGAUCCCAAUGCCAAAACCAACAAGUCUGGGCAUCAGACAUCAGUUGAAAACUGCGCUUCAGUCAGCUGUGGCUCGUGACCAGCCACUUAUACUAGCAGACGUUGUUGAGAGAUUGGAGGCUGUCGAGGUACAGGAAGUGAAGGUAGGUAGGGAAACUAAGGGUGCAAUGUUUACCUACCUUAUCACAACACCAGGUGCCCCCAUGGAAAUAACAAUUGCUUUUGAAGGAGAAUACCCUCAGACUGCUGAUCUGAGGACAGAACUCCAAGCAGCUUUCCAUGCUAUAGUUUAUAGAGAGCAACAUACCCUCAUGUUAGACCAACCUGGCACAAUGCAAAUAGUCAAGCCUCAGAAAACAAACAUUAGCAGUGCAAAAUCCAAAGAAAUGCUGUCAUCGGUGGUGGAAACUGUCAGAGUAACAGAGAGUGCAGUGGGUUUCGCAUCCUCUGUAGCCCAGUCUGCUGCCCAGAAGACUGAAGAGAAGGCUUCGUUCCAAAGCAUAACAGGUCAGGAUCGCACUGUGGUGCAUGAAUCCAGGCAGACUACUAGGCAGGAGACCAGUUCUGUGACAGUAAAAAGCCAUGAUGAGAGAGAUGUAGGUGCUGCAGAUUUAACCACAGCAGGACCCUUCACCCCUGUCCCUGUCGAGGAGUUUCUGUCAGAGGCAGUUAUGAUUAGUAAACUUCCUGAGCAAUUCACUAAAGCUUAUCCCAUUAUUGUAACUCCCCUGGAGGAUAUUUGUUCAGAGAAGAAUAGUAUGGUUACUUUUAGUGUGACCAUAAUGUAUGUCACAAAAGUUAACUGGCUUUUCAAUGGAAAGUUGGUAAAAUCUGGCAAAGACUUUAAGUGUUCGAAAGACCAUGACACAUACACACUAGUAAUCGACAAGAUCGUCAAGGAGAAGCACGAAGGAGAAUAUGUCUGUGAGGCUGAGAAUGAAGCUGGCAAGGCUACAACAACAUCAAGACUCACUGUUGUCUCGAGAGUGCCACCGGUUUUCAGGCACAAAAUCCAGCCUGUGGAGAUCAAUAUUGGCAGCCAGGCCAAGUUCGAAUGUGAGAUUGAAGAUGCACCAAAUGUGCAGUUCAAGUGGUUCAAGUCUGGCACUCCUAUCAAAGAGAGUCCAAGUUGCAGGAUCAUCAGUCGGCAACUGGUAUCUUCAUUGGAGCUUCUGAGCCCAACCAAAGCUGACAGUGGUGAAUAUACCUGCAAGGCUACAAACCAGAACGGCAGUGACACCUGUGCCGCCAAACUCAACGUAACUGAACUUUUCCCACCUGCCUUUAUUACUAAGCCUGAUCCAUUGACAUUGUAUGUUGGGAAAAAGGCAAACAUUCAGUGUGUAGUCACUGGAUCUUCACCGAUGACUAUUGUCUGGCAUAAAGACAACAAUGCCAUUUCUUCGGGGGGAAACUACAAAAUCUCUUCAGAAAAGAAUAAAUAUAUUCUUGAAAUAUCAAAACUUGAACUUACUGAUCAGGGUGUUUACCUGUGUAAAGCAUUCAACAGUGUUGGAACUGCUGUGUGCAGCACAGAGAUGAAGGUUAUCAACAAACCCUCUUUUGUGACAACACUUGAAUCAGUGUCAGUCGCUGUUGGAAAUCCACUGCACCUUGAGUGUCAGUUGGAUGAGGAUACCGGAGUGUCCAUCACCUGGAUAAAAGAUGGCAAAAAGCUCCAUCAAACAAUGGAUUGUAAACAGUCUUUUGAAGAUAAGAUGGUCACUCUUGAUAUUCCAAAAGGAAACCUUAAAGACACUGGAAACUAUGUCUGUACAGCUGCCAAUGAUGCUGGAAGCACAAGUUGCUCCACUUCAGUAAAGGUUCAAGAACCUCCUGAAUUUGUACUGAAAUUGCCACACACAACAUUCGUGAAGCAGUGCGAGCCACUCCGUCUUGAAUGCAAAGUUACAAGUGCACCCUCUCUGCGAAUGCAGUGGUACAAAAAUGACAAUAAGAUAACAGAUGGUGACAACUAUAGAACAUCCUUUGUUGACUCAAUGGCAGUCCUUGAGCUGUGCUCCACAAGAAAUGCUGAUGAUGGAGUCUACACCUGUGAGGCACAAAAUGAUGCUGGGGCUGUAAGCUGCAGCACCAUCAUCACAGUGCAAGAUCCACCAAGCUUCAUGAAAGUACCGAAACCUGUAGAGGGGAUCAAAGGAAAAGAUGCUUUGCUAUACUGUGAACUGUAUGGCACAGCACCCUUUAAGAUAAUCUGGUACAAAGACAACAAGCCACUUAAGGAAAGCAGGAAAUAUAAGACGGUGAAUGAGAGUUGCUCUGCCACUCUCCAUAUUCUUGCAGUGGACCCCUCAGAUGUUGGCGAAUAUGAGUGCAGGGUCACAAACAAAGUAGGAUCUGAAACAUGCCAUAUAACAGUUACACUCAGAGAAGCACCCGUUUUUGUGAAGAAACUGGUGAACCAGUCAGUCAAAUUGGGUGAAGAAGUCACCCUGACGGCCACUGCCAAAGGCUCUCAGCCUAUAACUGUUUCUUGGGUGCAAGAUAAGGAUCAUGUUCUUAGGGAUGGAGACAACCGGAAAAUCACCUUCGAGAACAGCGUGGUCACCCUGAAGGUCUUUAAGGCUGACCAAACCACAGGUGGCAAAUAUACCUGCCAACUCAAAAAUGAUUCUGGAGUUGUGGAAUGUGUUUCCAACCUCACUGUCUUAGAACCGGCUACCAUUGUGGAUAGCCCAGAGUCAUUCAAUGUCAAGGCUGGUGAUUCAGCAACUCUUGAAGUCACUGUAGCCGGAACACCAGAACUGAAAUCUAAAUGGUUCAAGGAUGGUGUCGAGCUCUCCUCUGGCACCAAGCAUAAGAUAACCUUCUCAAAAAAUAUCUCCAGCCUGAAAGUCCUGUCGACAGAGAGAGUUGAUACCGGAGAAUACAAAUUUGAGGUCAAAAAUGAGGUUGGCAGUGUUUCCUGCAAGACAACCCUCACUGUCCUAGAUAAGAGGAUUCCACCCACAUUCAUCAGGAAACUGAGAGACACCCAUACUAUUGUUGGUAAACCUGGUGAAAUGGAAUGCAAAGUUGCAGGUUCUCCACCUUUCACUAUCUCUUGGCACCACAUUGGUCAGGAGAUCAAGAGUGGACCAAAUCAUGAGAUAACUUGCAGUGACAACACCUGCAAAGUUAAAGUGUCAACUCUUAAGUUGUCAGACUCUGGAAUAUACACAUGCAAAGCCAUUAACAGUGCAGGAGCCAGUGAAACAAGUGCUUCUAUGAUUGUACAAGAACCUCCAUCCUUUGUGGAAAAACCUCAGGCAAAGGAAGCUCUGCCUGGCGCAAAUGUAACAUUUUCAGCAACAGUCCAGGGAAGUGCCCCACUGAAACAUAAAUGGUUCAGGGGCACCAGGGAAAUUGUGUCUGGACAGGGCUGUGAAAUUGCUCUCCGGGGCUAUACAGCUACUUUGGAGCUAUACAAAGUCGCCAAAUCAGAUGCUGGAGAGUAUACAUGCCAGAUUAUUAAUGAUGCUGGGAAGGAAAGUUGCCCAGUUAAUCUGUUCGUGAAAGAACCAGUACAGUUUGUGAAGAAGCUGAAGGACAUGUCUUCUGAAAAGGGGAAACCUUUGAAACUUGAAUGCACAUACAAUGGAACUCCCAAAAUAUUUGUUACUUGGCUGAAGGAUGGGAAACAGCUCUAUGCCUCUUAUCAGUAUAACGUGUUGACCACAGAGACUUCCUGCAUCUUGGAAGUACUCAAUAGUGAUAGCAUGACGGCAAGUGGGAAAUACUCUUGCGAAGUUACCAAUGGAGUCGGAACUGAUAUCUGCCAUGCUCAAGUGACCUUAUUAGAACGACCAUUCUUUGUUGAGGAAUUGGAACCAAUGGAAGUCACUUCUGGUGAUCCAGUUUGCUUGAAAUGCCGCAUUGGAGGAACCCCUGAUAUUAGCGUGUCCUGGUUCAAAGCUGACGGAAAGCUUCGUGCUACCAAUACUUACCAAAUGGCAUUCUCAAAUGGCAUUGCGACUUUGAUACUAAGCAAACCGUCAAAGGUUGAUACUGGUGAAUACACAUGCAAAGCUGAGAACAGAAUUGGAUCUGCCUCCAACAGCUGCCGCUUAUCAGUGAAAGAUGUCAAAACACCACCUUCCUUCCCCAAGAAACUUACUAGUCUUGAACAGGCUGUAGGAAAGCCAGUCAUAUUUGAGUGUUGUGUUGUAGGAUCCUCUCCUUUGGAGGUUUCCUGGCUAAAAGACAAUGGAUCUUUAAAAAAUGAUGGAGAAUACUUAAUGUCUUAUGAUGAUAACACUGCUGCCCUAAAAAUUGCACGAGGUGAAAUUAAACACUCUGGGGAAUACACUUGUAUAGCUACAAAUAGUGUUGGAACUGCAUCUUGUAAAGCUAAGCUCACACUUCAAGUUCAAGAACCAGUACACUUCAUCAAGAAGCUGGCAGACAUUUCAGUUGUCAAGGGCAAACCUUUGAAACUUGAAUGCACAUACUCUGGAACGCCCAGAAUAUUUGUCACCUGGCUGAAGGAUGGGAAACAGCUCUAUGCCUCUUAUCAGUAUACUGUGAAAACCACAGACACCUACUGUAUGUUGGAUGUGCUUAACAGUGACAGUUUUGAGGCAGCUGGGAAAUACUCUUGCGAAGUUACCAAUGAAGCCGGAACUGAUAUCUGUCAUUGUCAAGUGAAAAUAGAGCGCAAAAUCUCCCCCAACUUCACCAAGAAGCCCGCAGAGACAAGGGAAGAUGCAGAGGGUCAGUUGGUGAAGAUUGAGGGUCGUUUAUCUGGAUCUCAACCCAUGGACAUCAUUUGGUCCAAGAAUCACAGUGAAAUUCACGCCUCUGAUAAGUACGAAAUGGAAUUCAAGAGCAACGUGGCCAUGCUGUGUAUCAAGAGCUCCCAACUCUCAGACAGUGGCGUUUAUACCUGCACAGCCACCAAUGAAGCUGGCAGUGCCUCUUACCAAGUGUCACUUAACAUUUCAGAACACAAGAAGGGCCCUGUAUUCGACAUCCCUCUCAAACCUGUGACUGUAAACGAGGGUGAGAAACUGAAGCUUAGCUGCCAUGUCAAUGGAGCCCCUCCUCUGAAGAUUAAUUGGUUGAAGGACAGGAAGGAGAUAAAAUCCUCCACAAACUGCAGAGUUGUUUUUUCUGAUGGCAAUGCCUCUUUGGAGGUCCUCCGCACAUCAAAAACAGAUGCAGGGGACUAUCUCUGCAAGGCUACCAACGAUGGGGGAAGUGAAUUUGCAAGGUCCAGAGUGACAAUUAGAGAAAAAGGAGCCAAACCUGAGGCCGCUGCUACUGCAGCCCCAGCCCCAGCAAAGACUCCAACAAAGAGGUUCGACAACUUGUUCUUCGUUGAUGAGCCCCAGAGUGUCAAUGUAACAGAGAAGGGCACUGCAACGUUCAUUGCCAAAGUUGGAGGUGAUCCCAUUCCUAAUGUGAAAUGGAUGAAGGGCAAGUGGAGGCAGAUCACUCAUGGUGGUCGUAUCAUUAUUGAGCAGAAAGGCCCAGAUGCCAAGUUGGAGAUCAAAGAAAUAACCAAAUCUGACUCUGGACAGUACAGAUGUGUCGCAUCUAACAAAGCUGGAGAAAUAGAAUGCAGCACUGACCUGAAUGUUGAGGAAAGGAAAGACGCUGGGGGAGUAGAUGGAGACUUCAGAGCAAAACUGAAGAAGACACCAUCCAAACAGAAGAGUCCAAAGAAGGAGGGAGAGAUUGACCUCGUGGAGAUUCUUAGGGGUGUGGACCCCAAAGACUAUGAAAAAGUUGUUAGAGAAUACGGAAUCACUGACUACCGUUGUCUUCUUCAGGCCAUUGAGCAGCUGAAGAGGGAGAAAGAAGCAGAAAGUGGAAAACCGGAAACUGAGCAUGGAGGAGAAUCUGAGGAUACGGCCAGGUUUAUGGCUGAGUUGCAAUCAAGAAUGCAGGCUGAGCCUGUUACUCUGGUGAGCGACAUCGAAGACCAAGAUACCACUCCAUUAAGCACAGCAACCUUUGAGUGUGAUAUCAAAAUCAACUACCCUGAGAUCACCCUGUCCUGGUACAAGGGAACUCAGAAGCUUGACAACAACGACAAAUAUGAAAUCAGCAUUGUCGGUGACCGUCACAUCUUGAAGAUCAAGCAGUGUCAAACCAAAGACCAAGGCAACUACCGUGUUGUAUGUGGCCCACAUAUCUCCAGCGCCAAAUUGACCGUUGGGGAUGGAGAUCAACAAGCUGGCAUAAUUCACUUCACCAAACGCAUCCGGAGCAUUGAAGUGAAUGAGAACCAAUCUGCUACCUUUGAGUGCGAGUUGUCCUUCGACAAUGCUAUCGUUACAUGGUACAAAGACACUUGGGAACUUAAAGAGAGCCCAAAGUAUAACUUCAGAAGUGAAGGCCGACGACACUUUAUGACCAUCCGCAAUGUAACCUCUGAUGAUGAAGGCGUUUACUCGGUGAUUGCGCGGUUGGAACCCAACGUUGAAGCUAAAAGCACAGCUGAACUUUACCUUUCAGGCAAAGAAAUUGAAUUAGGAAGGGUUCCUUUUGAUGUCCCAGAUUCAUCAAUACAAGCAUACAAAGAAGAAUCCGCUGAAUACUAUUAUGAAGAAAGGACAGAAAUUAAAGAAUUUGAGCAAGAAAUGCAAGAAAUUUCGGAAAUGCAAGAAGAAAAGAUAGAACUUCAAUUCUCUUCAUACACAGGAGAAAGGACACCCAUUGAUGAAAGUGUUUCCAAAACUCAAGUGGGAACAAGAGAAGGAGUACCUAAAGUUCCUGAAGCUUACAAGAAACCUGAGGAGAGACCAUCAGCCCCAGCUCUGACCAAAGUACCUGAAGCAAGAAGGCCUCAUGAAGAAAAGAUCACUCCACUGGUUGAACAUGAAAAACCUUAUCCCACCCCUACAGAUGUGCCUAAACCCACAACUCAUAUGGCUCCUGAGCCCAAAGUGGCCCCUGAGACAGAAGUGGCACCUGCAGUUAGGGUUGAAGCUCAACCAAAGCCAAAACCCACUCCCACAAAGAUACCAGAAGCUCCUCACCCCAAAGUUCCUGAGGAAUACCCCAAAGCUGAGCCCAUUAGAAAGCCAGAAUCACCUCCACAAGAGGAAAUUUCACAAAAAGUGACACCAGUGCAGAAGAAAGCCUCCCCACCACCUCAGAUACCAAAGCCUUCACCUGCUCCUCUUGUAGAAACAGUGUCUCCUACUGAAGCUGAAAAGAGAUCCUCCCCACCGAUGAAAACGCCUUCACCUUUUUCACCUAGUGCUUCAUCCCCUGAAGAUAAGGGCCCUGUAACAGCACCAGGGGGAGCAGGCAAAGAUGGGAAACCAAAAGAGGAAGCUGCUGGUAGAGGUAGAGGUAGAGGCAUUCAAGCUAAGCAAACCCCCUCACCUGGUGGUGGCAGGGGUAGAGGACUGAAACCCGGUGCUGGAGGAGACAAACCCCCAGAUGCUAAUCCUUUUGGAUUCCAGCUCAAAGCAGUUCCGCUGAAGUUUACGAGACCACUCAAAGACAUAGUGUUACAGGAGGCUGAAUCAGUCGGCGCUUCUGCUACGUUUGAGUGCGAGGUUUCGCCUUCUACUGCAAUUACUACAUGGAUGAAAGAUGGCGCCAACAUAAGAGAGAGCCCAAAACACAAGUUCUACUCUGAUGGCAAAGAUCGCAAACUGCUAAUCAUUGAUGUGCAAGUUUCUGACACUGGUGAAUAUACUUGUGUUGCCAAGCUGGGCAACAAGGAAAAGACAACAACCGCCAAACUGAUAGUAGAAGAAUUGCCUGUGAAGUGGGUAAAGACUCUGGAAGAGGAUGGUAUGUCGGUCCUCAAGGGUCAGCCUAUGUACCUGACCUGUGAGUUGAACAAAGAGAGAGAUGUGGUCUGGAAGAAGAGUGGUGUGCCUCUUAAAAACAUCCCAGGAAAAGUGGCCAUCAAUAUCAUUGGAAUGCAGCAUGCCGUUACAAUCCAGGAUACAGGAGAUGACGACGCUGGCAUUUACGCUUGCGAGUGUGAUGACAUCAGGACUAAAACAGAUGUCAAAAUCAUUGAAAUUGUCAGAGACUGGUUGGUGAAACCAUUGAGAGAUCAGCAUGUGAAACCCAAGGCCACUGCCACUUUCAAGUGUGAGCUCUUCAAAGAAACCCCUAACUGGAAGUGGUUCCAUGGCGACAAGGAGAUUCCUAAUGAUCCCACUGACAAGAUUGAGGUCAAGAAAGAAGGCAAAGAACUGACUCUCACAGUUAAGAAAGCAUCACCUGAUGAUAUUGGGCAAUAUGCCAUGGAGGUUGAAGGCCGCAGAUACACAGCUAACCUGACUCUUGGAGAACGUGAAGCUCAGAUCUUGAAGCCUAUCUCCAGUAUGGAGGUUGUUGAGAAAGAUGAGGUUACGUUUGAAACUGAAAUAUCUGAAGAGGAUGUGGCUGGAGAAUGGAAACUUAAAGGGCAAGUCCUGCAAAGAUCACCGAUGGUUGAAAUCAAAUCUGAGGGCCAGAAACGUUUCCUCACUCUGAAAAAUGUUCAGCUUGACCAGUGUGGUGAAGUGUCUUAUCAAGCUCUGAAUGCUAUCACGAGUGGGGUGCUCACAGUCACAGAAAUGGAAAUGGACUUCACAGUCCCCUUGAAGGAUGUGUCUGUACCUGAAAAGAAACAGGCUACAUUUGAGUGUACUAUCACAAGGGAUGUGCCUAAAGUCAUGUGGUUAAAGGGGUCAGACAUCCUGUCGACAGGCGAUAAAUAUGACAUUAUUGAUGAUGGAAAGAAACAUAUAUUGGUCAUUAACAACUGUGAAUUUGAUGAUGAGGGACAAUACACUAUUGAAGUCUUGGGCAAAAAGUCAACAGCCCAGUUGACUGUGGAGGGUAUGAGGCUCAAAUUCGUAACACCACUAAAGGACCAAACUACCAAGGAAGGUGAAACAGCUCGGUUUGAGGUUGAGCUCUCUCAUGAGAAGGUACCCCUGACAUGGUACAAAAAUGAAAUCAAACUCCAUGUGAGCAGGACCGUGCUCAUCCAUUUUGAAGGAAAGAAACACACCUUAGAAAUCAAGGAGUUGACCCUAGAUGAUACCUGCCAGAUUAAGGCAGAGGCUAAAGGAAUUCCCUCAACAGCAAACUUGACGGUGCUAGAGGGUGACGCCCACUUCACAGUGAAGUUGCAGGAUUUCACCGCAGUCGAGAAGGACGAGGUCACUCUGGACUGUGAACUCAGCAAAGAUGUCUCUGUGAGGUGGUACCAUAAUGAGACUGAAAUUAAGGCCUCUAAGAUGGUAACCAUGAGGGCUGAGGGCAACAAAAGAAUGUUGUCCAUCAAGAAAGUGGAAGGAAAAGAUAAGGGACAAUACCUAUGUGAUUGUGGUACGGACAAGACCAUGGCAACCAUUAGCAUUGAAGCUCGUGAUAUCAAGGUAUCUCGGCCAAUGUAUGGUGUUGAGCUCUUCGAUGGCGAGACCGCUCGUUUUGAAGUGGAAAUCUCUGAAGAUGAUGUCCAUGGCCAGUGGAAACUGAAGGGAGAAACACUUUCACCUUCCCCAGAUAUUGAAAUCAUUGAGGAUGGUGCUAAGCACACUUUGACAUUGUACAACUGCAAGGUCUCCCAGACAGGAGAGGUUGGAUUCACAGCUGCCAAUGCGAAGUGUACAGCCAACCUGAAAGUGAAAGAACUGCCACUGACCUUUAUCACACCUUUGAGUGAUGUGCAAGUGUAUGAGAAAGAUGAGGGAAGAUUUGAGGUUGAGAUUUCAAGACCAACCAAGACCUUCCGUUGGCUCAAGGGAUCUCAGGAGUUGGAAAAUGAUGACAAGUUUGAGAUUAUCCAUGAGGGAAAGAUACACACUCUUGUGGUCAAAAAGGCUGCAUAUGAGGAUGAAGCUAAAUACAUAUUUGAGGCUGAGGACAAGAGGACCACAGGAAAACUAGUUAUCCAAGGUAUACGCCUUGAGUUUGUCAAGCCCAUCAAGGAUGUCACAGUCAAGGAGCGUGAAACAGCAGAGUUCAGUAUUGAACUGUCACAUGACAAGAUCUCGGUCGUCUGGUACAAGAACGACGUGCGUCUGCACCCCAGCAAGGUUGUGCACAUGUCAGACAAUGGCAAAAUGCACACCUUGACCUUCAAGCAGGUGUCCAUUGAUGACACAUCCAUGAUCAAAGUUGAAGCCUUGGCCAAGAGCUCUGAGGCCAUGCUCACUGUUCUUGAGGGAGAACCUUACUUCGUCACAAAACUGCAAGACUACACUGCCGUUGAGAAGGACGAAGUGAUGCUGGUUUGUGAACUUAGCAAGACCUCUGCUGAGGUGAAAUGGUUCAAGGACGGCCAGGAGAUCAUGCCUAGCAAGAAUCUGAUCAUUAAAACCGAUGGAAAGAGGCGUAUGCUGACAGUGAAGAAAGCAGAGAAGGGCAACAUUGGAGAGUACACCUGCGAUUGUGGUUCUGACAAAACCACAGCCAGGCUGGACAUUGAGGAGCGUGAUAUUAAGGUUGUCCGUCCACUGUACAGCGUGGAAGUGACAGAAACUGAAAUUGCCAAGUUUGAGACCGAGAUCUCUGCCGAGGAUGUCCAUGGUCACUGGAAACUCAAAGGAGAGGCCCUUCAUCAGUCUCCUGACUGUGAGAUUAAGGAGGAGGGUACAAAGCAUGUCCUUAUCCUAUACAACGUUCGCAUGGAUCAGGCCGGAGGUGUCGACUUCCAGGCUGCCAAUGCUAAAUCCAAUGCUCAGCUUAGAGUUAAAGCGCGGAGUAUCGGGCUUAUGCGGCCUCUCAAGGAUGUUACUGUUACUGCCGGAGAGACCGCCACCUUCGACUGUGAACUUACUUAUGAAGGAAUCGCUGUAGAAUGGUUCUUGGGAAGCACCAAGAUGGAGCUAGGUGAAAGGGUGGUCACCAGAGCAGAAGGCAGAGGACACAGCCUGACUAUCAGAAAUGUCAAGCUGACAGAGGCUGGGGAAGUCAGGCUCACUGCAAAAGACUUCAAGACCCAGGCCAAACUCAUUGUCAGGGAGCCACCAGUUGAGUUCACCAAACCUCUGGAGGACCAGACAGUUGAGGAAGAGGCCACUGCUACUUUGGAGUGUGAAGUCUCCAGGGAAAACGCUGAGGUCAGGUGGUUCAGAGACACACAGGAGAUCCGCAAAACUAAGAAAUAUGACCUUAUUGUUGAUGGCCGAAAGAGAAGACUCGUCAUUCAUGGCUGUACUCUAGAUGACUCAAAGACAUAUACAUGCGAUGCUAAAGAAUUCAAAACCUCUGCUUUCCUGAAUGUUGAACCUCCACAUGUUGACUUCUCUAAGCCACUCCAUGAUGUUGAGGUCAAAGAAAGGGAAAAUGCCAGAUUUGAGUGUGAGGUGUCCCGUGAGAAUGCCAAGGUCAAAUGGUACAAGGAUGGCAGCGAGAUCAGAAAGGGAAAGAAAUACGAGAUCAUUGCCAAUGGUGUCAAGCGUAUCCUUGUGGUCACCAAGACAGUCUUCGAUGAUGAAGCAGAGUACGAAUGUGACGCUAAGACCUCCAAGUCUUCUGGCAUGCUGACAGUUAUUGAGGAAGAGGCUAAGUUUACCAAGAACCUGUCUAACGUGGAGGGAACAGAAACAGACAGUGUGAAGAUGAUUUGUGAAGUGUCAAAGGUCAGCGCUGAGGUCACCUGGUGGAAGGGAGACCAGGAAUUGCCAGAGGGAGGAAGAUAUGAACAGGUCAUGGAUGGAAGGAAGAGAAUCUUCAUUAUCCAAGAUCUCAAGAUGGAGGACGCUGGAGAGUAUAACUGCAGACUGCAUAACGCCAAGACAUCUGCAACACUGAAACUGAAUGAACUGGCUGCUGAGUUCAUUGCCAGGCCUCAGAGUCUCGAGGUGGUUGAGGGAGAAAAGGCUGAGUUUGUCUGCUCAGUCUCCAAAGACACCUAUGAAGUCAAAUGGCUCAAGGGUGACAAGGAGAUUGUAUCUGGAGACAAGUAUGACGUUGUCUGUGAUGGCAAGAGAAGAGCACUGAUAGUGAAGAAUUGUACACCAAAUGAUGAAGGAGGCUAUGUCGCCUUCAUUGGCACUACCAAAGCCUCAGCUGACUUGUUUGUCAUUGAGAAACUCAGAAUCAUCACACCCAUCAAGGAUUCGCAAGUGAAGGAAGGACAGGAGAUUGUAUUCAACUGUGAGGUGAAUACUGAGGGAGCUAAAGCUAAGUGGCUGAAGAAUGAGGAGACCAUGUUUGAGAGCAGCAAGUUCGUCAUGAUCCAGAAAGACAACGUGUUCUCUCUGAGGAUCAAGGGUGCUCAGAAGGCAGAUGAAGCCACUUAUACUAUUACAUUGACAAAUCACCGUGGUGAACAUGCCAAGAGCGAUGCCAAUGCCAAAGUACAAGAGGAGAAGCUCAAGAUUAUUGAGCCUCUUGAGGACUGUGAGACACAAGAGAAGAAGACCAUCAGCUUCACUUGCAAGGUGAACAGACCUGAUAUCACCAUCAAAUGGAUGAAGGCUGGUCAGGAGAUCACCAUGAGCAAACGCAUCCUGUACCGUAUGGAGAAAGAUAAGCACACACUAACCAUCAAGGACUGCGUCAUGGACGAUGAGGGUGAAUACACCGCCAUGGCUGGUGAUGACAAGUGCACUGCCGAGCUGAUCCUCAACGAAGCUCCCACUGACUUCUCCACACCACUCAAAGACCAGACAAUCACUGAGUUUGAGGAUGCUGAGUUUACUUGCAAGCUGUCUAAAGAGAAGGCUGCCGUUAAAUGGUACAGGAAUGGUCGUGAGAUCAGAGAGGGACCCAGAUACUCGUUUGAGAAAGAUGGCAGGAUUUGCAAACUCAAGAUCAAGAAGUGCAGACCAGACGACGAGUGUGAAUAUGCCUGCAGCGUGGAAGACAGGCGAUCCAGGGCCCGCCUCUUUGUUGAAGAGACCCCAGUUGAGAUCGUCAGACCACCUCAGGAUGUGUUUGAGCCUCCAGGCUCAGAUAUUGUGUUCGAGGUGGAGCUCAACAAAGACAGAGUUGAGGUCAAAUGGAUGAGGAACAACAUGAUCAUCGUCCAGGGUGACAAAUACCAGAUGAUGAGCGAGGGCAAGGUCCACAGACUCCAGGUGUGUGAGGUCAGGCCUCGUGACCAGGGAGAGUACAGAGUCGUUGCCAAGGAGAAGGAUGCCAGAGCCAAGCUGGAACUGGCAGCUGUGCCAAAGAUCAAGACUACUGAUCAGAACCUGGUCACAGACGCUGGAAAGCCUUUCGUCAUGGCGAUCCCCUACGAUGCCUAUCCUCGUGCAGAGGCUGAGUGGUUCUUCAACACCGUUAGCCUGCCUGUGCAGAACAUUGACACCUCCGCAGACAAGACAGAGUACAGGCUGAAGAGCCCCAAGAAGACAGAUCAGGGCAGGUACAAGAUCGUCAUCAAGAACAAACACGGACAGGGAGAGGCAUUCAUCAAUCUGGAUGUUAUCGAUGUCCCUGGACCUGUGAAGAACCUCAAAGUGGUUGACACCGCCGAUGGUGAGGUCAGCCUGGCCUGGGAAGAGCCAGAGAGUGAUGGUGGCAGCAAGAUCGUUGCAUACGUGGUGGAGAGGCGUGACAUCAAGCGCAAGACAUGGACUCUUGCCACUGACCGGGCUGACGCUCCAGAAUACUCUGUUAGCGGUCUCCAGAGGGACAACAAGUACCUCUUCAGAGUAUGUGCUCGUAACAGAGUGGGCAGUGGCCCCACUGUGGAGACAGACGAAGCUGUCCAGGCCAAGAAUAAGUUUGAUGUGCCAGAGGCACCUGAGGACGUUGUGGUUGGCAUCGUGAACAGGUUUGGAGCCACCAUCUCCUGGGAAAAACCAAAGUCUGAUGGCGGAUCUGACAUCACCUCCUACAUCAUUGAGUUCCGUGACAGGACCUCUGUGAGCUGGGAGGUGGCUAUGAUCGCCAAGGCUCAGGACCGCACAGUCACUCUCACUGAUGUCGUUGAGAAUAAGGAAUACAUCUUCCGUGUCAAAGCCGAAAACAAGGCUGGCAUUGGCAAACCAAGUGCUGCCACCGAUCCAGUUAAGAUCAUGGACCCCAUUGAGAAACCAAGCCCACCAUUGAACUUCAACUACACUGACCAGACCAAGAACUCUGUCCAGCUGACAUGGGAGACCCCCGCCAGCAAUGGAGGAAGCAUGAUCACUGGCUACAUUAUUCAGAAGUGUGAGGAUGGAACAGACAAGUGGCUCAGAUGCAAUGCCAGGCUCUGUCAGGACCUUAACUACAAGGUAUCUGGACUGAAGCAGGGGAUGAAGUACCACUACAGAGUGUGCGCAGAGAACGCAGCCGGAGUUUCAGAUCCAGCUGAUAAGCUUGGACCGCUCUUGGCAGACGAUUGUCAUGUUGGACCUUCCAUGGAUCUCAGUGGAUUUAAGGAUGGCCUGGAGGUCAUUGUUCCUCAUCCACUUGUUAUCCGCGUCCCUCUUCUUGGAUAUCCCACACCCACCGCCAAGUGGAGCUGUGGUGAUAAAGAGCUCACUGCUGGUGACCGUGUGUCCAUGGUUACAAGAAGCACCUACACAGAACUGACAGUUGCUCCAAGUGUGCGUCCAGACAAAGGCACAUACACUCUGCACCUGGAGAAUGAUGUUACCAGUGCCUUUGGAGAAAUUGAAGUAAAUGUUAUUGCAUCCCCAAGUGCACCCAAAGACUUCAAGGUUUCCGAGGUGACAAGACACCAUGUGCACCUGAUGUGGGAGGCACCAGAGCAUGACGGAGGAAGCCCAGUUAUUGGCUACCAAAUUGAAAAGAAGGAAGUGUCCCGCAAGACCUGGGUCAAGGUUUGCAUGGGUGUACAGGACCUGGAGUUCACUGUGGCAGAUGUCAUUGAAGGCAAAGAGUAUUUGUUCAGUGUUACUGCUAUCAACAAGUGUGGCCCAGGAGAGCCUGCCUACAUUGACGAGCCAGUCAACGUGUCCUCCCCUGCCACUGUGCCGGAUCCACCUGAGAACCUGAAAUGGAGAGACAAGUCAGGAAAGGGCAUCUUCCUGUACUGGGAGCCACCCAAGUACGACGGCGGAGCGUCAAUCAAGAGCUACGUUGUAGACAAAUGCCAGCGUGGCACAGACAAGUGGGAGCCAUGUGGAGACCCACUGCCUGAGCUGAAAUUCCAGGUGACAGGUCUGAUUGAGGGACAGUGGUAUGCCUACCGUGUGAGGGCCGUCAACAGGCUGGGAGCCAGCAAUCCCUGCAGGGCUACAGAUGAGAUCCUGGCUGUUGAUCCUAAAGAGCCUCCAGAGAUUCAACUGGACGUGAAGUUGCUGGCUGGUUUGACAGCCAGAGCCGGAACCAAGAUUGAGCUUCCAGCUGAUAUUGUUGGAAAGCCCGAACCCAAGGUAAAAUGGACCAAGGCUGACCUGGUCCUGAAGGGAGAUGAUCGCAUCACCAUCAAUACCAAGACGGGAAACUCCACUUUGUCUUUCGCCAAAACCGUCAGAGAAGACACAUCUACCUACAUCAUUGAGGCAGUCAACAGCAGUGGUCGUGCUACCGCAACUGUUGAUGUCAACAUUCUUGAUAAGCCUGGUCCUCCAGCUGCGUUUGAUAUCUCUGAGAUCACCAACCACUCCUGCUACCUGGCCUGGAACCCUCCCAGAGACGACGGAGGUUCUGUCGUCACCAACUACAUCGUGGAGCUCAGACCCUUCGAAAAAGAGGAGUGGACCAAACUGUCAUCCACUGUGAAACAAACCACCUUCAAUGCCACCAAACUCACCCCUCUGAAGGAAUACGUCUUCAGAGUGCAGGCUGAGAACCAGUACGGCAUCGGCGCCCCUAAUGAGCAUGUGCCAAUCAUUGCCAAAUACUCCUUUGAUCCUCCUGGUGCUCCAUCCAGAUUGCAGCCCUCUGAUAUUGCUAAGGACUCUCUGACUCUGACAUGGUACGAACCUGAUGAGGAUGGUGGCAGUCCUAUCACUGGGUACUGGAUCGAGAGGUUCGACCCAGAAAAUGACAAAUGGAUCAGAUGCAACAAGCUGCCCAUCAAGGACAUCACCUUCAGGGUGAAGGGCCUGCCUACCAAGAAGAAGUACAGGUUCCGUGUCUUGGCCGAGAAUCUUGCAGGACCAGGAAAACCAAGCACUGAGACUGAUCCAGUCUUGGUCAAGGAUCCAAUUGAUCCUCCAUGGGCUCCUGGCAAACCCUUCAUCAGAGAAAUAGCUAAGACAUCUGCCUCCCUGCAAUGGACCAGGCCAGAGCACGAUGGUGGUGCCAAGAUCGAGGGCUACAUCAUUGAGUUCCUGAAGACUGGCACCGAAGCAUGGAUCAGAGCAGCAGAGGACGUGCCCCAGACUGAGCACUUCCUGAAGGGUUUGAUGGAGAAACAGGAGUACUCCUUCAGAGUCAAGGCCGUCAACUGCGCAGGAGAGAGUGAGCCCAGUGACCCAAGCGAUCCUGUGGUCUGCAAGGAAAGACUCUAUCCUCCAUCACCUCCUCAAUGGCUUGAGGUGACCAACAUCACAAAGAUCAACGCUGACCUGAAGUGGCAGGCUCCUGACAACGAUGGUGGCUCUCCAAUCACCAACUACGUUGUUGAGAAGAGGGACGUCAGGCGUAAGACCUGGACUGCAGUGGACACCACUGUGAAGGAGCUGAAGUACACUGUCACUCCACUGAAUGAGGGCUCUCUCUAUGUGUUCCGUGUGGCUGCUGAGAACGCAGUAGGACAGAGUGAUUACUGUGAACUGGAAGACUCUGUUUUGGCUAAAGAUACUUUCACCACUCCUGGGCCACCCUAUGCCUUGACUAUUGUGGAGGUGUCCAAGAGACACGUUGAACUGAAAUGGGAAGCUCCAAAGAGUAAUGGUGGGAGACCCAUUACAAAGUACGUCAUUGAGAAGAAAGAGAAACUUGGAACCCGCUGGGUGAAGUCUGGAAAGACUCCCGACGCUCUGUGCACCUACAAAGUCACAGAUGUGGAUGAGGGCACUGAGGUUCAGUUCCAGGUCCGUGCUGAGAAUGAGGCUGGUGUUGGACACCCUAGUGAACCAACAGAAGUAGUCACCAUUGAGGAUGCUACAAGUCCACCAUCUCCUCCUGUUGACUUGGUCAUAGUUGGUGCCAGCAGAGAGCAUAUCAACAUUACCUGGAAUGUACCAUUGAAGAAUGGAGGGAGCCCCAUCACAGGAUACCAUGUUGAGCUCCGUGAGGCUAAAGCUGAGAAGUGGAUGAGAAUCAACACUCGCCCAGUCAAGGAGCUCAAAUACAAAGCAGAGGAAAGCAUCAAGCCAGAGAAACAAUAUGUCCUGAGAGUCCGUGCCAUCAACUCUAUUGGUGUCAGCGAUCCUUCUGCCAUUUCUGAGAAGGUCUUUGCCAAGGAUCCAGACUGUAUUCCUACUAUGGAUAUGGAGGCCCUAGACAUUGUAGUGGUUGAGGGUGACAAGCUGCAUAUCAACAUCCCAUACACGGCCAUCCCCAAACCAGAGAUGGUCUGGAGCAAAUUCCACACAGAUACUGCCUCUGGCACAAAGUUACAGAAUGACGACAGACUGUUGAUGACUUGUGAGCUCAACAGCGUCCACCUGGAAGUGAUGAAGUGUGUGCAUGAUGAUGCUGGAGAAUACUCUGUCACUCUGGAGAACGCGAUCGGAACAGCCACCAGAAUCAUCAACGUUAAAGUUAUUGGUCUGCCCGGCCAAUGCAAGGACAUCAAUGCGGAUGAGAUCACUAAGAACUCCUGCAAGCUGACAUGGGAGGCUCCAGAGAGUGAUGGUGGUACUCCUAUUCUCCACUACGUUCUGGAGCGUAGAGGGGCUUCUAAUAAGACUUUCAGGCCUCUGAUGUCAGGAGAAAACAUCCUGACCUACCAAGUCAACGAUCUCAAGCUGAACGAAGAGUAUCACUUCCGGGUCAAGGCCGUCAACAAGGUCGGCUCUGGGCUAUUCCUGGAGCUCCGCAACCCUGUCAUCACUAUGGAAGUGAAACAGAAACCAGAUCCACCCAUUGAUGUUGAGGCUCAUGAUCCAACCGACAACUCUAUCACACUGACCUGGAAACCACCAGUGUCUGACGGGGGUUGCGCCAUCACUGGCUACAUCCUGGAAAGCAUUGAGAAGGAUGGUGAUAGAUUCCAGAGAAUCAACCCAUCCCUGGUGCCUGGUUUCACGUAUGUGGUGAAGGAUCUGAACGAAGGCAAAGAGUAUCAGUUCCGUGUUCGCGCUGAGAACGCUGCUGGAGUCAGUGAGCCAUCUCGCAGCACUCCACUGACCAUGAUCGCUGCUCCCAUUGAAAAACCCAAGGUGUCCCUCCAUGCUCGCCUGCAGCCCGGCCUGUGCAUCAGGAAGGGAGAAGAGAUCCGCCUGGACGCCUACAUCUCUGGCGCCCCAUACCCAACUGUCACCUGGCUCAGAAACAAUGAAGACGUCAAGAAGGUACCAGAGAAGAAGCCAGUACAGCCUAUUCUGAAGAAGAAGAAGGGGGGCAAGGUUGAACCUGAAGAACCUGAGGUGUUUGUAACCCCUCUCCAUGAGCGUCUUUCCUAUGGUGUAAAGAAGGGCGAGACCUCAAUCACGGUGCGAGACUCCAUCAGAACUGACCAUGGUCGCUUCUGCAUCCAGGUCGAGAACUCUCAUGGCGUUGCAACUGCAUACUGUGACGUCAACGUCCUUGAUAAGCCUGGUCCUCCAGUGAACUUUGUCUUUGAGGAGAUCAGGGACACCUCUGUCAUCUGCAAGUUCGACCCUCCUCUUGACGAUGGUGGCAGUGAGAUCCUGAACUACAUCCUUGAGAAGAAAGACAACAAGAACGAAGAUAUCGGAUGGAUCACGGUAACUUCAACCCUCAAGGUUUGCAACUAUCCUGUUACCAAACUGAUUGAAGGAAAGGAGUACAUCUUCCGUGUUACCGCUGAGAACAAGUUCGGCUGUGGACCUUCAUGUCUCUCUGAGCCACUCGUUGCCAAGAACCAAUUCGAUCCACCCGAUGCUCCAAACACACCCAGAAUUGGAGAGGUGACUGCCAACAGUGUGUUCAUCUCCUGGCAUGAGCCCAAGGACAACGGUAGUCCCAUCCUGGGCUACUGGAUUGAGAGGAAGGAAAUCAACAGCAAACACUGGACUAGGGUGAACCGCUUCCUGCUCAAUUCCCUCUCUGUGAAGAUUGAGGGUCUUAUGGAAGGCCUGGUAUACAUAUUCAGAGUCUGUGCUGAGAAUCUGGCUGGCCCCGGACCCUUCAGUGUCCCAACUGAUCCCCAGAUUGCUAUGGAUCCAAUCUUGCCACCUGGCCCACCCACUCCAAGAGUUCUUGAUACCUCUGCGACAACAGUUGAUAUCGCCUGGGUUCCUCCCCUGUACAAUGGAGGAGGAGAUAUCCUUGGCUACCAUGUUGAGAGUGUUCUUGCUGGAGAGAAGGAAUGGAAACGUAGUACAGAGUUCAGAUGCAAGGAGCUGAAGUACACAGUGACUGGGCUGACAGAGGGCGCUGACUAUUACAUCCGUGUUAUUGCUGUCAAUGACGCCGGACCGGGAGCACCUGGCAUGACUGAACCAGUCACUGUGAAGGAGCCUCAAGAGCCCCCAGUGGUUGACUUUGAUGCCUCUGUGAAGAACGGAGUCAUCAUCAAAGCCGGCGAGGCACUGAGACUGCCAGCGUUCGCCAUCGGCAGACCACAACCAGAAGUGAAAUGGAUGAAGGAUGAGGCUGAAACUGACAAAGAGCAUGUUGUGAUCGAAACAGAAGGAAAGAACAGCCUUCUGUUCAUCAAGUACGCCAAGAGAACCGAUCACGGAAAGUACCAGAUCUCUGGAACCAACAGCAGUGGAACCAAGUCUGCUGUCACUAGAGUUGACGUCAUGGAUGUCCCUGGGCCUGUGGUUAAUCUGAAGACUACUCAUGUCACCAAGAAGAACAUCAGCUUGAGCUGGGCAGAUCCUCUGGAUAACGGUGGCAGUGAUGUCAUCGGCUACGUAGUGGAGAGAAAGGAUGCAAAGAUGCAGCUAUUCAGACAACCUAUCGAGACUGCUUCAUGCAAGUGUGACAUUCAGGGUUUGCUUUCAGAGGAAGAGUAUGAUUUCCGUGUUUUCGCAAGGAACAAGUACGGUGAUGGCGCCCCAACGGACAUUGGGCAUAUUCUGGCUUCGGAUCCCAAAGCUGUUCCAUCUCCACCAUUGAAACUGCACUACACCGAGAGGUGGACGAAUGCUAUUGCUCUUGCUUGGGAGCCACCUCGCAGCGAUGGAGGCAGCCCAAUCACGGGUUACUAUGUUGAGAAGAUGAGAGCAGAUGGAACUGAGUUUGACGUGGCCAAUCGCAAGCUCUGCACAGACUUACACAUCAAAUUGGAGAACCUAUCAGAGAACCACGUGUAUCAGUUCCGUGUGUUUGCCGUGACUGAGGUGGGAGAGGGCGAACGCUCCAAACCAAUCAGUGCUAACAUACAGGAUGAUGAAAUUCCCCCCGAAAUCUCAAUCUUGGAGCAUUUCAAGAGAGAUACAAUCAUUGUGAGGAAGGGAGCGGCUAUUGAGAUCCCUGCUGAGGUGGUGGGUCUGCCAAUGCCAGAGGUUCAGUGGUCUAAGGACGGCGUCGUCAUCCCCGUGGCUACUGAGACACUGCUGAUGGAGUUCGAGGAGGUGGCCCGCACCAAAUGCACCACCAAGAUCAGCAUCCCUGAGACUAUCAGAGGAGACAAAGGAGACUACAAACUGGCUGCCACCAACUGCCACGGCAAAGCACACCGCAUCAUCCAUGUGGAGGUUCUAGACCGCCCUCUGCCACCACGUGACAUUGUGGUGUCUGACAUCCAGGCUGAGUCUUGCUAUCUGACUUGGGCGGUCCCAGAGGACGACGGGGGUAGUGAGAUCACCAACUACAUCAUCGAAAGGAGGGACGCCAGUAGGAAGAAGUCUGAUUUUGAGCAGCUCACCUGCAAUAUCAUUGAUAGGAGAUAUGGGGUGUACAAAAUGGACAGAAUGGGCCAGUACCAAUUCAAAAUCAAAGCUGAGAACAAGUUCGGAAUCAGUGACGGUUGUGAAUCCGAGAAGGUCGUUCUCAAGGAUCCAUUCGGUCUUCCUGGUCCACCUCGCAAACCAAAGGUCAUCGCAGCAACUUCCACUACCAUGACGAUCACCUGGGAGCCUCCACUGCAGAACGGUGGCUCCUCCAUUCAGGGAUACUGGCUGGAGAAAAGAGAGAGAGGAGCUGGGAUCUGGGGUCGUGUGAACAGGGCUCCAGUCACCAAGCCUGCAGUGAAGGGUUUGGAAUACACGGUCCUCCGCCUUAAUGAAGGGGCUGAGUACCAGUUCAGAGUGAGGGCUCAGAAUGCUGCUGGAGUCGGACCUCCCAGUGAGGCAUCCCCAUGUCAAUUUGCUGUUGAUCCACGCAAUCCCCCUAGUGCACCAGGAAUGCCAGUGGUUAAGGACAAGACCAAGACCAGUGUCACUCUCACCUGGACCCCACCAGAGAAAGAUGGCGGCAGCCCAGUCAAGGGCUACAUAGUCGAGGUUCAGGACACAGACUCUCUGGAUUGGAAGAGAGUCAGUGACCCUGAGAAGCUGCACCCUACCACUGAGAUCACCAUUCCAGACCUGAAAGAAGGCCAGAAGAUCAGAUUCAGAGUCACCGCAGUCAACGCUGCUGGCAAAUCUGAACCAAGCGCACGUUCUGCUGACAUCACUGUCCAGGACAUCUUAACUGAACCAACUAUUACUCUGGAGGUCAGCGCCCAUGAGCUGUUGUCCUGCAGAGCUGGAACUACCAUUAAAAUUCCAGCUCUUAUCACCGGUCGUCCCACUCCUAAAGUUACAUGGGAGUUCAAGGAUGGAACAGCAGAGACCGAGAAGAAGAAUGAGAUCCAUAUCCUUCCAAUCGAUUCAAUGAUCGUGUCAACUGAUACAACAUCAGUCAUCACCAUCCCUGAGAGCCACCUCAAACAUGCCGGACGUUACAUCAUCACAGCGGAAAACGCAGCUGGACACAAGAGCAUGAAAGUCAGAGUCAAUGUCCUUGAUCUGCCUGGCCCACCCAAAGACCUCAAAGUCACAGACAUCACAAGAGGCACAUGUAGACUUACAUGGAAGGCUCCAGAUAGUGACGGUGGUGAGAGGGUCAAGAGUUACUUCAUUGAGAAGAAGACUGUGGAAGGAAAAGCUUGGACCAAGUGCAACCCAGCCUGUGCCGCCCAGUCCUUUAUUGUGCCCGACCUCAUUGAGGGACAGGAUUACCUGUUCCGUAUCCGGGCGGAGAACCGCUUUGGAUUUGGACCACUAGUUGAGACCAUUGAGCGUUCAAAGGCUAGAGAUCCUAUCCAUCCUCCUGAUGCUCCCACAAGGGUGAAGAUUCAAGAAGUGACUAAGGGCACAGCCACCCUGACUUGGAAGCCACCCAGGAAUGACGGUGGAGCUCCAGUGACACACUACACUAUUGAGCGUCUGUGCUGGGACAGUAGUGGAUCUCAGAAGCAGGCCUGGAGACAGUGCAACAGACGUGAUAUUGAGGACCUCACCUUCAAGGUUGAGGACCUGACUGAAGGAGAAGAGUAUGAGUUCCGUGUCAAAGCCGUGAAUGAAGCCGGCCCCAGCAGACCAUCAUCUACCGUUGGACCAGUCGUCAUCCAAGACCAGACACGUGCUCCUGCUAUUGACCUGGAGGAGUUCAUGGAGGUUGAACAAGGAGCUGAUAUCAGCAUCAAGGCGAAGAUCAGGGGCUGUCCGUUCCCCACUCUCACCUGGCUCAAGGCUCCAGCCCACAAGGGUGAAGACAAGAUUGAGGUUGCAUAUGAUGAGCACAUCAACAAGAUUGUGUCUGAUGAUAGCUGUGUACUGCUGAUCCAGCAGGGCAAGCGCUCAGAUACAGGCCUCUACACUAUCACAGCCAGUAACAGCCUAGGAAAGGCCUCCAAGGAGAUGAGACUCAACGUCUUGGGACGUCCUGGACCACCAUCCGGUCCAGUGAAGUUUGAGGAGGUCGAUGCUGAGAAGAUCACCCUGUCAUGGCUGCCACCUAAGGAUGACGGUGGCUCCAAGGUGACCAACUACGUCAUUGAGAGGCGUGUAGCCAACAGGAAGACAUGGAUCCCUGUGACCAACGAACCCAAGGAGCGUAUCUGGACGGUGGAGGGCCUGAUGGAAGGGCAUGAGUAUGUGUUCCGAAUUUGUGCUCAGAACAAAUACGGAGUUGGAGAGCCUCUGGAUAGUGAACCUGAAGAAGCCAGGAAACUCUAUGCUGUUCCUGGCCAAUGCGAAAAGCCAACCAUUUCAGCCGUUGACCAUGAUUCCAUGAUGGUCAACUGGGAAGAGCCAGAAGACGAUGGAGGCAGUCCAGUGAUUGGCUAUUGGCUGGAGCGUAAGGAAACCACCUCUAAGCGCUGGAACAGGGUGACGCGCGACCCCAUCCGGGUCAUGCCUCUCGAGGUGUCCCAUAAUGUGACUGGACUCAUUGAGGGGUCACAGUACCUCUUCCGGGUCACAGCUAUCAACGCAGCAGGAUGUGGACCUCCUAGCGCGUGCACCGACCCCAUCUUCGCCAGAGAUCCUAUCUCUGUCCCUGGACCUCCAACACCAAAGGUCACAGACUGGACCAAGUCAUCAGUGGAUCUGGUCUGGAUCCCACCCCUGAAGGAUGGUGGAUCUAAGAUCACGGGAUAUAUUGUUGAAUACUCAGAGGAUGGAACAGACAAAUGGGUUAAAGCUAAAGACAAGGAGCACAGAAGCACCAAGUUGGUCGUUACUGGAUUGAAGACAGGUGGAUUCUACAAGUUUAGAGUGACAGCGUUGAAUGCUGCAGGCCCCAGCGAACCCGGUGAAGUUCCAGACGCUAUUAAGGUUGAAGACAGGACAAUUGCUCCUGAGGUUGACCUUGAUGCCACAGUGAAGGAAAGGAUGGUAGUCCAUGCCGGUGGUGUGAUCCGCAUCCUGGCCUUCGUGUCUGGCCAGCCUGCUCCAGAGAUCAAAUGGAGCCGCGAUGACGGUGUUCUACCACCAGAAGGUGUAGUUGAGACCACCGCCAUUAGCUCAUCGCUGGUCAUCAAGCCCUGCACCAGAAGACACCAAGGAGUCUAUACUCUGACUGCUGCCAACUCAGGAGGAGAAAAGAAGAGGUCUAUCAUUGUUGAUGUCCUGGAUGUCCCUGGUCCAGUUGGCGUACCCUUCACCGCAGAGAACCUCACUAGUGACUCCUGCAAGCUGUCCUGGUUCUGUGCUGAGGAUGAUGGUGGUUCUGCCAUCACCAACUACGUCAUUGAGAAGCGCGAGGCGGAGAGGAAGGCCUGGACUGCCCUGUCCUACACAGUCACCAGACACACUGCCGUGGCCCACGGGCUGCAGAACGGAAAGGCUUACUUCUUUAGAAUUGCAGCUGAGAACUCCAUUGGAGUUGGACCCUUCGCUAACACUGCAUGUGAAAUCAUCAUAAAGGAUCCCAUCACCGUUCCAGACCGCCCAGAGGAACUUGAAGUAACAGCGGUUCAUAGAGACUACAUUAGCUUAACAUGGAAACCUCCUGCGUCUGACGGAGGGUCAGAGGUCACCAAGUACAUCCUGGAGGCCCGUAUGAUCGGCAAGGACAAGUUCACACGGCUGACCAAGGAGAAACUGAUGGAGAGGAGAUACACCUACGACGGUCUGAGAGAUGGGGACACCUAUGAGUUCAGAGUUAGCGCUGUGAAUGAAAUUGGGCCCAGCAAGCCAUCGUUCUGCACCAAACCAAUCACCUGCAAAGAUGAACUUGAACCCCCAACCAUUGAGCUUGACUUCCGUGACAAGAUCAUCAUCCGUGUUGGGGAGAGCCUGGCUCUCCAGGGUCGCUACACCGGAAAGCCCUCUCCAUCUAUCAUGUGGUACAGAGAUGACGAAGAGCUGAAGGCAGAUCAGCACAUCAAGUUCAAGAACUCACUGACCACCAUGACUUUAGGCCUUAUGAAAGCUAAGCGCGAGCACAGCGGCAGAUACUGCGUGCUGGUUGAAAACAGCACCGGCUCUCGUAAGGGCAUUUGCAAUGUAACCAUUGUAGAUCGCCCCACACCGCCAGUGGGUCCAGUCAUCUUUGAUGAAGUUCACAGAGAGUUUAUGGUGAUCUCCUGGAAACCUCCUCUUGAUUCUGGCGGAGUGGACGUGUCCAACUACAUCAUUGACCAGAGAGACGUCAACAGUGAUGUCUGGAGGACUGUAACAUCUGCUUCGACGAAGUUGACAUGCAAAAUCCCCAGGUUGAUUGAGGGAAAAGAGUACAUCAUGAGAAUCUGUGCCGAGAACAUGUACGGAAUCAGUGACCCACUGGAUUCAGAGGAGAUGAGAGCCAAAGAUCUCUUUAGAGUGCCUGAGGCACCAGAGAUGCCCAACGUGAGGGAGGUGUACGCUGACAACUGCCUUGUGCUUUGGAGCAGACCUCGUGAUGGCGGCAAGCCCAUCACUAACUACAUCUUGGAGAAGAAGGAGCCAGCUGCAAAGAGAUGGUCUCGUGCCACCAGAGAACCCCUCUACCCAGCUACUCAAUUCAGGGUGCUUGACCUUAUAGAAGGCUGUCAAUAUCAAUUCCGGGUUAUGGCAGAGAAUGAAAUCGGCACUGGUGACCCUAGUCCCCCAUCAAACACAAUUCUUGCCAAAGAUCCAAUUGUUCCUCCCAGCCCCCCUGUACUGCCAGAGGCAAUCGACAAGACCAAGGAUACCGUAAGCCUGAAAUGGCAGCUACCUCGCCAUGAUGGCAAAGGCAAAAUCUUUGGUUACCUUGUUGAGUACCAGAAGGUUGGUGCAGUAGAAUGGUCAAAUGGAAAUGAGACUCCUGAAGAGUGUCCAGAAUGCAACUAUGUUCUAAAGGGCCUGGAAGACGGAGCAGAGUACAACAUCAGGGUCUUCACUGUGAAUGCUGCUGGACCCUCUGAGCCUGCCCCUUGUAAGCAAACAGUGAAAGUACAUGACAGACUGGAGAAACCAGAGUUGCUGCUUGAUGCCAAUAUGUCCCGUGACCAUCUUGCGAUGGUAGGAACUAAUAUCACUCUCAGUUCAGUGAUCAAGGGCAUGCCACCUCCCACUGUAGUAUGGCAGAAGAAUGGAGAAGAGGUUCCCGCAGAUCGUUGUACCAUUGCAGCCACUGCCACUGGCAGCAAACUUGUUAUGCUCAACUGUGUCCGCUCAGACAGCGGCAACUACACACUCACUAUUGAAAAUGCAGCUGGAAAGAAGUCCGCUACAUGCGCAGUGCUCACCUUAGAUAAACCCGGACCUCCUCGGGAUCUGAAAAUCUCUGAGAUCACCAGUGAGUCAGCCUACCUGACCUGGAAGGUUCCUGAGGAUGAUGGAGGGGCUGUCAUCUCUCACUACGUUGUGGAAAAGAAAGACGUGGCGGCUGAGAAAUGGGUGCCAGUCGCUGCAUCAAACAAGAAGCCUAGUCUGAUGGCUCUGUAUCUUAUGGAAGGCAUCCAGUAUCUGUUCCGUGUUGCUGCUGAGAACCAGUUUGGCAGAAGUGCCUACAUCAUUACUAAGACGCCGAUCAAGGCUGUUGAUCCUCUUUAUCCACCCGGUCCACCAAAGAAUCUGCAUCACAUCGACAUAGACAAGACUGAAGUCUGGCUCCAAUGGGAUUGGCCAGACCGCGACGGAGGAAGUGAAAUCACUGGAUUCAUCGUUGAACACCAGGAGGGAGAGGGAAAAGACUGGGUCACCUUCAAGACUGUCACUAAUCCUCAUAGCCAUGUCACUGGACUGGAGGAGGGAAAGACAUACAGGUUCCGUGUGAAGUCCCAGAAUGCUGUUGACGUGAGCCGUCCAGACACCAGUGUCCCUGUAACCUGCCAGGAGAAACUCUUGCCACCAACAAUUUCAGUGGAUGUGAAGCUUAUUGAGGGUCUGAUUGUCAAGGCUGGAAGCACUAUCGUACUCCCAGCAGUCAUGAAAGGAAUUCCCACUCCCACAGCCAAGUGGGUGAGUGACGGAAAGGAACUGGCAACAAAGGGCAACGUCAAGAUUGACACUGAGGGCAUGAACACAUCUCUCACCAUCACUGGGUGUGUCAGAGGUGACACUGGAGAGUAUCUCCUCACCGUGGCAAACCCUGCUGGAAGCAAGACUGUUGCUCUGCACGUCACUGUGCUCGAUGUCCCAGGUGCCCCCAUUGGCCCUAUCAACAUCCUUGAAGUUACCCCUGACCACAUGGUCAUCAACUGGAGACCACCUAAAGAUGAUGGUGGCACUCCAUUGACGUGUUAUAUUGUUGAGAAAAAGGAUACCAAAAAGGCCUGGGAACCAUGGUCAGUUGUGUGCUCAGGAUGCACUGGUACAAAGGCAAAAAUUUCUCGAUUGGAGAAAGGUCGUGAAUAUAUUCUGCGUGUCCGUGCAGAAAACAAGGUGGGAAUUGGUGCUGGACUUGAGAGUCCUCCCACUAUUGCCAAACAUAUGUUUGAUCCACCUGGCCCACCAGGCCAGCCAACCUGCUCUGAUAUCACAGAGAAUGCUGUGACCAUAGAAUGGACUCUGCCCGAAUUUGAUGGUGGCAGUCCAGUCAGUGGCUAUGUAGUAGAGCGCAGAGAAAUGACAGGGAAAUGGAUCCGUGUCAACAAGACACCUGUAUUGGAUCUCCGAUACAGAGCAUCCGGUCUGUUCGAGAACAACAGCUACGAGUUCAGAAUCUUUGCUGAGAACGUUGCUGGCGUCAGUGAGCCCUCUCCUGUAUCAGAUCCUGUGAAGUGCACUCGUCCUAUUACUAGGCCAGGACCCCCAUUAAACCCUAAACUGAGGGACUGGAGCAAGUCAUAUGCUGACUUGGUGUGGACCAAGCCAACAAGAGAUGGAGGCAGCCCCAUCUUAGGUUAUAUAGUUGAAUGUCAGAAAUCAAGCAGCGCCAAAUGGGAGAAAGUCCAUAAGGAUCUCAUCCCGAUGUGCGCAUUUAGAGCAAUGGGACUUACUGAGGGCAUGGAAUACAGGUUCCGCAUUAGCGCUUCCAAUAUUAUUGGAGAUGGAAAACCUACAGAGCUCUCAGAAACAGUCCUUGCCAAGGACAUUCUGGUUCCCCCAGAGCUGACAGUUGAUGUUGCUUGCCGUGACCUUCUGACAGUUAGGGUGGGACAGAGUAUCAACCUUGUUACUAGAGUUAAAGGUAGACCAGAUCCUGAUAUCACUUGGUCUAAGGAUGCCAAGAUUUUAGGCAUAGACAAGCGUACUGAGAUGAACAACAACUACCCUCUGGUUGAGCUGGUGAUUUCAGACGCAGUAAGGCAAGACUACGGAAAGUAUGCUAUCCUUGCUAAAAACAGCAGUGGUCAAGCACAGGCUACCAUUAUUGUGAAUGUGCUUGACACUCCAGGCGUCUGUCAGAAUCUGAAGACCACUUAUGUGACAAAAGAAUCCUGCAUGGUUUCCUGGGAGAACCCAGAGGAUAAUGGAGGAACUGAAAUAACACAGUACAUUAUUGAGUGCCGUCAACCUAGUCAAAGGAAUUGGACAGUGGUAUCAAAUGAUUGCACCAAACGCCUUAUGAAGGCACCACUCCAGGAGGGUUGUGAAUACUUCUUCCGUGUGAGUGCAGAGAACAAAAUUGGUGCUGGACCUUCAACAGAGACCAAAACAGCCAUCCUUGCUGUUGAUCCCAUUGAGAAGCCUGGUGAUCCUAUUGACUUCAUUAUAUCUGAGAUCGGCAAGACAUUCGUCUUCCUGAAAUGGAAGAGGCCAGACUAUGAUGGUGGCAGCCGUAACCUGGGCUACAAUGUUGAAAAGAAACCUAAAGUGGCAGAGGAAUGGGAGAGACUGCACAAGGGUGCAAUUAAGGAAACUUACUUCAUGGCAGACAAGUGCAUUGAAAACGAAAUUUACCAGUUCAGGGUACAGACAAAGAAUGAAGGAGGUGAGAGCAACUGGGUGACAACUGCUGAGGUUGAGGUUAAAGAACAGUUAGUGGUGCCAGAGAUCAAGAUGAAGUUGCAAUGGACUCUAGUGGUUAACGCUGGGGACGCCAUUCCAAUUGAAGCUGAUGUCAAGGGAAAACCAGCUCCGGAAGUCAAGUGGACAAAGGAGAAUGACACAGGGGACAUCACCAAGAGCCCAAGGCUCCAAAUAGAAGCAGGUGUAGAGUUCUCUAAAUUCCUGUUGACAAACUCAAGGCGUGGAGAUACUGGAAAAUAUAACAUCACUGCUACCAAUAGUGCUGGAACAGCCACUGGAUGGGCGAAUGUGUGUGUGCUUGAUAGACCUGGUCCUAUCAGCAACCUAGUUGUAGAUGGUGUUACAGUGGAUAGGUGCAUGUUGACAUGGGAUAUGCCAAAGGAUGAUGGUGGAUGUGAAAUUUAUAACUACAUCAUAGAGAAGUGUGAGAAGAAGAGAAUGGUGUGGUCCAUACAUUCUUCUGCUGUGAUCACCAACUCUGCUAAAGUAACCCGCCUUGUAGAAGGAAAUGAAUAUAUAUUCAGAGUGCGUGCAGAAAACAAGAUGGGGGCAGGUCCUGCAGUGGAGAGCACACCGAUUGUGGCAAGGACCGAAUUCAGUAAACCUGGCAUUCCAGAAGCACCAGAAGUUUUCAAGAUCUCCAAGGAGGAGAUGACCGUUACAUGGAACCCUCCUGAGAAUAACGGUGGAAAGGAAAUCUCUGGUUAUAUUCUGGAGAAAAAAGAAGAAUUUGCCGUACGAUGGUCUCCUUGCACAAAGCACUCCAUUGAUUCGACCCAACUGACUGUCACCGGUUUGCUGCGUGAUCAUGAAUAUCAGUUCCGCGUCAGGGCUGAGAAUGAAAUCGGAUUUGGUGAACCAAGCAAACCCUCAAGAUCACUCGCCGCCAGAGAUUCUCUUGAUGUCCCAGCCCCUCCAACGAAUCUGAAGGUUGGUGACAGUACAAGGACCUCGGUAACACUGAAGUGGACAAAGCCUGUUUCUGAUGGUGGAGCUCCUAUCAUUGGUUAUGUGGUGGAAAUUAGGAUUAAGGGCAACAAGGAUGCGGCCUGGAAGAGGUGUAAUGUCGCAGCCCAGCUGAUUGUGUGUGAAUUCACCGUUUCCAGUCUGGAUGAUCAUGAAUGGUAUGAAUUCCGCGUUUCUGCACAAAAUCAAUGCGGUAUGAGCUUAACGGCGGAUCUUACGAUGCCCGUGCAACCGAAGGAUAUCCUUGAGGCACCUGAAAUUGACAUGGAUGCUAGUCUGAAGGAGGGUCUGACAGUCAGGGCCGGAUGUCCCAUCCGACUGGUGGCAACCAUCAAGGGAAGACCAGCUCCCAAAGUCUCCUGGAGAAGAAUGGGCAUCGAUAACGUUGUCAGGAAGGGCCAUGUGGACAUCAUUGACACAAUGACCUUCCUGGUUAUCCCUGAAAGUACACGGGAUGAUUCAGGCAAAUACUCCCUGACCCUGUCCAGCCCAGCUGGGGAGAAGGCAGUGUUUGUCAAUGUCAAAGUACUGGAUACCCCAGGGCCUGUAGUGGGUCUGGAUGCCACAGAUAUUAAACAGACGUCCGCCAAACUGGCAUGGUCACAACCUGAGAACAAUGGUGGCAGUGCAGUCACCCAUUACAUUAUUGAGAAGCGUGAAAUUGACCGCAAGACCUGGGGACCAGUCGCAAACAAUAUUGAACAGACUGAAACCAACGUCAAGAAACUUGUUUCAGGCACAGAGUAUUUCUUUAGAGUCACAGCUGUGAAUGAAUAUGGUCCUGGAGUUGCGAAGGUCUCACCAAAGUCCUACAUGGCAUCUGAUCCUGUCAGCAAACCUGAACCAUGCCCGCAGAUUGAUGUAUUGGAAAUUACAAAGAACAGUGCACUUCUGGGAUGGCUGAAACCAUUGGGUGAUGGAGGAGCUAAGAUAGAUGGUUAUAUAGUUGAAUACCUGGGGCUGAUCCCACCCAAACCAGAACCAGAACCAGUUGAACCAGCAGAACCAGUAGAAGGAGAGGAAGCUGCUCCUCCUCCUGUACCUGCACCUGUGGUGGUUGAAGAACCAGAGGAAGAGGAAGAGAAGCCAGAACCACAAUGGAUGGCAUACACAACUGUUAAACAUUUAACCCUUUCAGUUAGUGGACUCAAGGAGGGUAUGAAGUACAGAUUCCGGGUGGCCGCAAGAAAUAUCAUGGGUCGCAGUUCGUACACUGAAACUAGGGACGCUUAUGAGAUCAAGGAACAGAUGCUGGAACCCAAGAUCAUGAUGGCCGAGGCUGUGUCUGCCAAAGCAGGAGCUAAACUCAGGGUGGAAGCUCUUGUGUCUGGAAAGCCAGCACCAACCUGCACAUGGAUGCGAGGAGAGGACAAUGUCGUUUCCUCUAGUCGUCUUGCUGUGCACAAAUCUGCAAACAUGUGUGUGCUCAUCAUCAAAGACGUGUCCAGAACCGACAGUGGACUAUACAGUCUGGUUGCUGAGAACAGCUGUGCUAAAGUAGAUCAGCAUAUUAAAAUCAUCAUCAGAGAUAUCCCCGGAGCGCCUGAGCCGCCAUUUGAGAUCAGUGACAUUGACGCUGAUGCCUGCACACUCUCUUGGAAAGCACCAAUUGAAGAUGGCGGAAGCCAUAUUACAAACUACGUAGUGGAGAAGUGUGACGUGAUCAGAGGCGACUGGGUAAACGCUGUAUCGUCCUGUGGCAAGACUGGCUGCAGACUGGGAAAGCUCAUCCCUGGAAAGGAAUACAUCUUCCGUGUCCGUUCUGAGAAUCGCUAUGGAAUCUCAGACCCCCUUACAUCAGACAGGAUGAUUGCCAAAUUCCCCUUCGAUGUCCCCAGUGAGCCUUUAAACUGCCACAUCACCAAGAUCAACAAGGACUGUAUGUUUGUGGCCUGGGACAGACCUGAGAGCGAUGGUGGCAGCCCUGUUACUGGCUUCUACAUUGAACGCAAAGAGAGGAACAGCCUCCUUUGGGUCAAGGCUAACGACUCGGUUGUCAGAUCAACGGAAUAUCCCUGCGCAGGCCUUAUUGAGGGCUUGGAAUACAACUUCAGAGUAUCUGCCAUCAAUCGUGCUGGACAGAGUAAGCCAAGCAAGAAGUCUGACUUCGUCACAGCAAGGACACCAGUUGACACACCAGGCAAACCAGAGGUUCUUGAUGUUACCAAGAAUGCAGUCACCUUGGUCUGGACUAGACCAAAGAAUGACGGUGGAAGCAAGAUCAUUGGAUAUUAUGUUGAGGCCCUGAGGCUCCCUGGAGACAAAUGGGUCCGUUGCAACACCAGCAGUCAGAAUGUACCCAGAGAAGAGUACACUGCAACUGGACUGGAGGAAGACAUGGAGUACCAGUUCAGAGUCAUCGCAAAGACCGCUGUCAACAUGAGCCGGGCAUCAGACAUCACAGACCCAGUUCUGGUCUCUGCAGAGAAGGUGCCACCAAGAGUAGAAAUCGGAAUCCCAAUGAAGAGGCUUAAGCCAGUGAAGGCUGGAGCAAAUGUACUUCUUGAGGCAGAGGUGUUUGGAAAACCCAUGCCCAAGGUUACAUGGAAGAGGGGAGAGGAAGUGUUGAGAGCUUCUGAGAUGUUGAAGAUGUCACAGUUGAGACAACUCUUCAGCAUAGAGCUCCUUGGAGUAACAAAGGAACAGACAGGAGAGUAUACUAUUUUGGCAGAAAAUGCAAGUGGAUCCAAAACUGGAGAAAUUAACUUAAAGGUUUUCGAUGUCCCCGGUCCACCAGUCUCUGUCAAGUUUGGUGACGUGUUUGCCAAUAGUGUCCAGAUUAGUUGGGAGGCGCCUCUUGCCGAUGGAGGCUCGGACAUCACAAACUACAUUGUUGACAAACGUGAGACCAGUAGAGCUGAAUGGGCUCAGGUCGCUGCCCAUAUCCAGGGUGAUGUGUUUGAACUCACCACAAAGAAACUGAUCGAGGGACGGGAGUACCAGUUCCGCGUCCGCGCAGAGAACAGAUUUGGGGUCGGAGAAGCCAUCUUGACCGAUCCUGUCUAUGCCAGGAAUCCAUUCACUGUCCCUGGGGCAUGUGAGGCACCAGUCAUCACAAACAUCACCAAAGAGCACAUGACCGUUAGCUGGAAGGAACCAGCCGAUGAUGGCAAGUCAACAAUCUUAGGAUACAUAGUGGAGAAGAAGGGAACCAAGGAAGUCAACUGGACUAAACUGAAUAGGAAAGCCAUGAUAGAGAGAACCCUGGAAGUUGCUGGUCUGUCAGAGGGAGCAGAGUAUGAGUUCAGAGUAAUUGCCCUGAACGAGGCUGGCCUUGGCAAACCCAGUGAGCCAUCCACUGCUGCUUCAGCACACGAUCCUAUCAAUCCUCCUGGCCCACCUGUGAACCCGAUUGUCACUGACGUCACCCGCAGCACGAUCAGCCUGACCUGGACUAAACCAGCCAAUAACGGCGGCAGUGACAUCCUGGGAUACCUUGUUGAAUGCAAGAGAACAGACGCCACAGACUGGAUCAGAUGCAACGUGCCCAAGAACCUCCAAGACACAUUCUACCUUGUUCAGAACCUCAUUGAUAAAUCUGAAUAUCAACUGCGUGUGUCUGCCGUGAACAAAGUGGGCUUCAGUGAAACAUGCGAAGUGCCAGACAAACAUGUAGCAAAGGACAUUUUGGUUUCUCCUGAGGCAGAACUCAGUGCUGACCUGAAGGAGGUUCUGGAGCUCCGUGCUGGGUCCCAAAUGAGGCUUUUCGCCACAAUAAAGGGUCGUCCCACUCCCAAGGUGAUCUGGGCAAAAAUGAACAGCAACAUCAAGGAAAGACAAGGCAUCGUCAUCAAGAGCACUGACAUUGACACUGUGGUGUUAGUCCAGAGUUGCAACAGAUAUGAUGCGGGCAAAUAUAUCCUGAGUCUUGAAAGCCGCAGCGGAAUGAAGAUGUAUACAAUUGUUGUCAAGGUCUACGAUACCCCUGGGCCACCAGUAAAUCUCAUGGUAAAGGAGACAACAAAGGACAGUGCAAAGAUCCUUUGGGAUACUCCUCUUAUUGAUGGUGGAAGCGAAGUGACCAGUUACAUUAUUGAAAAGCGUGAUGCAGAGAGAAAAGCUUGGUCUCUAGUUAAGGAUAACUAUGCCAAAAACACUCUCAAGAUCCCUGAUUUGGAGGCUGGUAGAUCAUACUGUUUCAGAGUCAAGGCUGUGAAUGAAUACGGCAUUGGUGAGGCGUGUGAAACCGCAGAUUCAGUUAGAGCUUCUGAGGAACCUGGGCCGGUCAUGGACUUCAAGCCCUUGUUGAUCACAAAGCAAGGAUGCACCCUUGGAUGGAAGAAACCUCUCAGUGAUGGCGGUAGCCGCAUCAUAGUGUAUGUGCUUGAGGUUAUGAAUGGAGAUGACAACUGGAAGGAGUUGAUGAGUUCCAAGAACAUGCAGUACAGUGCCAAGGAUCUGGUGGAAGGAAAAGAAUAUAAGUACAGAGUCAAAGCAGUAAAUGACUCCGGUGACAGUCCGUACAAGGAGCUGGAUGUGGUGGCUAAAGAUCAGAUCAUUCAUCCUGGAGUUGACUUGCGGGGCAUUCCCAAUCUGUGCUACAUUGCAAAGGAGGGAAGUAUAGUCCGCAUCAAGCUCCCACUCUACGGCAAACCUACUCCUAAAUGCUCCUGGAAGAAGGGUGAGGAUGAGGAUUUGACCGAUACUGGAAGAGUGUGUGCAGAAUCCACAGCAGUUAACACUACCCUCCUGAUCCGUGACUGCCAGAGGAGUGAUGCCUCUAAGUACACAGUCACACUGAAAAACAUUUCUGGAGUAAAGGAGUCCACCAUCUUCAUUAGGGUGGUUGGCAAACCAGGAAUGCCUGUCGCACCAAUGAAGUUUAAGGAUGUCACUGCGGAUGGGUGCACCCUGAGAUGGACUGCACCUAAGGAUGAUGGUGGAUCAGAGAUAACCAACUAUACUCUUGAGAAGAGGGAUUCCGUAACCAACAUGUGGGUUAGCAUUGCUACCGAUAUUGAAGCAGUUUCCAAUACUACCACCUUCAGAGUGACAGGUCUUCAUGAGGAGACGGAAUACAUCUUCAGAGUCUGUGCACAGAACAAGCAUGGUGCUAGUGAAGGACUCAAAUCCGAGCCUAUUGUAGCCAAACAUCCAUUCAAUGUACCUGAGGCACCACCUGCACCUGUCAUCAUGAGUAUGCGUCAUGAUUCAUCAUUCUUGGCCUGGUCUGACCCAAGGAAGACCGGAGGCUCUCCAAUUACUGGCUACCAUGUUGAGUUCAAGGAGAGGAACAGCAUGCUGUGGAAGAGGUCAGGGGGAGCCAUUAAGAUGAAGGAACACAAGGUCACCGGCUUAACUGAAGGACUGGAAUAUGAAUUCAGAGUCAUGGCCACGAAUCUGGCCGGUGUUGGCAGAGCAAGUCCACCAACAGAGGCGCAUGUUGCCUUGGAUCCAAUUGAUGCCCCUGGCAAACCUGAUGUGAUCAGCAUCACAAGAAGCACUGUAACACUUCAGUGGACUGAGCCCAAGUACGAUGGUGGACACAGACUGACAGGCUACAUCGUGGAAAAACGUGAUUUGCCUUCCAAGAUCUGGCAGAAGGCUAACAAUGUGAAUGUUGUGGACACAGCAUACACUGUGAAAGAGCUGCAGGAGGGCUGCAAGUUUGAGUUCAGAAUCAGGGCAAAGAAUGCAGCUGGAGCAUUGAGCCCUCCCUCUGAACAAACUGAUACACUUGUGUGCAAGGAUGAAUACGAGGCGCCAACCAUCACUAUUGAUUCCACUGUAAAGGAGGGACUCACAGUCAGAGCGGGUGACCACAUCGUCAUAACUGCAACAAGCAUUGUAGGCAAACCUCCGCCAACAUCAGUGUGGUCUAAGGGUGGAAAAUAUUUCAAGCCUUCAGAUAUCUGCCAGAUUGAGUCAACUGCAACAUCCUCGACAUUGACAGUCAAAUAUGCCGGGAGAUCGGAUUCUGGAGAAUACACAAUUACAGCCAGCAAUCCAUUUGGUGUCACAGAAGAAGUUGUGAAAGUGAAGGUUUUGGACGUUCCCGCAGCUCCGGGUCCUAUUGAGGUCAGUGGAGUUUCGUCUGAGAAGGUCACCCUGACAUGGACACCACCAACUGAAGAUGGUGGAUGGCCAGUUAAAUAUUACACCCUGGAGAAGAGAGAAACAAGCCGCCUCCUUUGGACCAUUCUUUCAGAAAAAGUACUUGACUGCCACUAUAUUGCCAAGAAGCUAAUCCAGGGAAAUGAAUACAUCUUCCGUGUGAAGGCAGUUAAUCACUAUGGUCCUGGAGAAGCAGCAGUGUCUGGGCCAGCUAAGAUGGUGGACCAAUUUGGUCCCCCUGGUCCUCCAUCAAAACCAGAGAUUGAAGAGAUUGGAGGACACCAUGUCAAAAUCAACUGGAAAAGACCGGUUGAUGAUGGUGGUACCGACAUCACAGGCUACAUGGUUGAAAAGAAAGAAAGAAAGGGCAUGAGAUGGGUUAGGGCAGCGAAGAAGUCCAUUGCUGAACUCUCAUAUGAAGUAACGGGACUCACAGAGAAAGUUGAAUAUGAAUUCAGGGUGGUUGCAGAGAACAAAGCAGGCUUCGGAGAGCCAAGUGAACCAUCAUCAUCUAUUACGACCAAAACUGUUAAAUAUGCACCUGGACCUCCAAUCAACCCAAGAAUUACAGAUACAACAAAGACUUCUGCAACAUUCUUCUGGGGGAAACCAGUUGAAGAUGGCGGGCUUGAAGUCACAGGGUACUUCGUUGAGCAUAAAAAAGAUGGAAAAGAGGAAUGGUUCAAGGACACACCAACUGCUCCACUGAGAAUUACAGAAUUUGUUGUUCCUAACUUGGAAGUGGGAGCAAAAUACCACUUCAGAGUCAGUGCAAUGAAUGCAGAGGGAGUUGGUGAACCAGCUCAAACUGAAGAACUGGUUGAAAUUAUUGAACGUGAAGAAGAGCCAGACCUUGAAUUGGAUGUUGAGCUGAGAAGAACCCUUGUUGUCAGGGCAGGAUGUUCCAUCCGCAUAUUUGUGCCCAUUAAAGGACGCCCAGCUCCUGAAGUAGCCUGGACGAAGGGUGAAGACGCACCACUCAAAGGACGUGCUAACAUUGACAGCACAGAGUCAUACACUAUGCUUGUCAUCCCUGACUGCACAAGAAACGAUGCAGGAAGAUACAACUUGAUCCUUACAAAUGCUGCAGGAGAGAAGACUGCUCAUGUCAAUGUGAGAGUUCUGGAUUCACCUGGACCACCAAUUAAUCUGAAGUCAAAGCACAUCGACAAAGAGAGCAUCACUCUUCAAUGGGAACUGCCGCUUAUCGAUGGUGGUUCAAAGAUAACAAACUAUAUCAUUGAAAAGAGAGAGUCAACACGCAAAGCGUAUUCCACCAUAAUAUCAGUUUGUCCAAAUAGCACAGUUAGAAUUCCUGAUCUAGCAGAAGGGUCAGAAUAUUACUUCAGAGUAUCGGCUGAAAAUGAGUACGGAAUUGGCGAGUCGGUUGAGACUGCAGAUCCAAUUCGAGCAUCUCAAGCACCAACACCCCCUGAGAGUGUUUAUGCUACAGAUGUCACCAAGACCUCUGUCAGUCUUGCAUGGACAAAGCCAAAACAUGAUGGUGGUAGUAGAGUUACUGGAUAUGUCCUUGAAGCUCAAAAGAAGGGAGGAGACCAGUGGUCCCAUGUGACAACUGUCAAGACUAUGGACUUCAUAGUGAAGAACCUGAAUGAAAAUGAACAGUAUAUAUUCCGUGUCAUGGCUGUAAACCACUCCGGAAGAAGUGGUCCUUGUGAAAGCAAGCCUGUUAUUAUCAAGGAAACAAUAACAAUGCCAGAAUUUGACCUGCGUGGAAUAUGCCAGAAAAUUGUCAUUGCCAGGGCAGGAGAUGAGAUUAAAGUUGAGAUACCGGUUAUGGGACGUCCAAAACCAACUGUUUCAUGGACGAAAGAUAAUCAGCACCUCAAGAUAACCCCAAGAAUAAUCACUGAAAGAACUGCAACCACAAGUAUCCUGAAUAUAACAGAAUGCAUAAGGAGUGACACAGGACAUUAUGCCAUGACAGGGAAGAACAUAGUUGGCUCAGUGACAGAUACCAUCAUAGUAAAAGUGCACGAUGUCCCUGGACCUCCAAAGGGACCAAUAAAAAUAGAUGAAAUCUCCCGUACCUAUGCUGUCAUCUCUUGGGGAACACCUGAGAAUGAUGGAGGUGUACCAAUCAACAAUUACAUUGUUGAAUUAAGGGAAACCACAGGAACCUCAUGGGUAGAAUUGACAUCAUCUGUAAUCCGUACAAUAUUUAAAGCUACUCGUCUGAAGACUGGUGCGGAAUACCAGUUCAGAGUCAAAGCUAAAAACAGAUACGGUGCUGGCCAACCAAUCAUCUCAGAGUCAGUGGUUGCUGCAUAUCCAUUCAAACCCCCUGGGCCACCUAGUACUCCAAAGGUUGUGGCCUUUACCAAAGACACAAUGACAAUCGGCUGGAAUGAACCUGUUUCUGAUGGUGGAAGUGAAGUCAUUGGAUAUCACAUUGAGAGGAAAGAGAGAAGCAGCAUCCUCUGGCAAAAGAUCAGCAAAUCCAUGGUGAAAGAUAAUCAAUUCAAAUCAAGUGGACUGGAAGAUGGAGUUGCAUAUGAAUUCCGUGUCACUGCUGAAAACAUGGCUGGAAUUGGUAAACCAAGCAAGGCUUCAGAGGCAAUGCUAGCCCUUGAUCCAGUGGAUCCACCAGGUCAACCAGAGCCAAUCUUUGUUUCCAAGAAUAUAGUAACAAUUCAAUGGACAAAGCCUGAAUAUGAUGGUGGGUUCAAGAUUACUGGCUACGUAGUGGAGAAGAGAGACUUGCCAGCUGGUCGUUGGAUGAGGGCCAACUUCACAAACAUCAUUGAGACCACUUUCACUGUAAGUGGAUUAACUCAGAAUGAGGCCUAUGAAUUCCGUGUACUUGCCAGAAAUGCAGCUGGUUCAGUAAGUGAACCAUCUGAGCCAUCGGAUCCCAUCACCUGCACAGAUGACAUUGUGGAACCACGAAUCAUGGUUGAUGCCAAAUUCAAGGAUGUGAUCCUACUGAAAGCAGGGGAAAACUUCAAACUUGAUGCAGAUGUUGCAGGCCAACCACUACCAUCCAUGGUGUGGACUAAGGGUGGAAUGGACAUUGAAAAUACGAUGAAAUUGACAAUUAAAAUGACUGACUUAACAACAACUCUGAUUAACAAAGACUCGUUAAGAAGAGAUGGAGGUGAAUUUGUUCUGACUGCCACAAAUGUUGGCGGGUUUGCCAAGCAUAUCUUUAAUGUCAAAGUUCUUGACAGGCCGGGUCCACCUGGAGGACCCCUGGUGGUGUCAGAUAUCACAUCUGACAACUGUAUUUUGGAAUGGGCUCCACCCGCAGAUGAUGGUGGUGCAGAGAUUGACCAUUACGUGAUUGAAAAGCGUGAAUCAAGCAGACUUGCAUGGACAAAUUCGGCCUCAGGCUUAACUGCCACCCAAUUCAAGGUGAACAAGUUACUCAAAGGAAAUGAGUACAUAUUCAGAGUAAUGGCAGUCAACAAAUAUGGAGUCGGAGAGCCUCUAGAAUCUGCGCCAACUAUUGCAAACAAUCCAUGGGUGCCAUCAGAUCCUCCAAAGGAUCCUGAAGUAACAAUAAUCACUAAGGAUUCAAUGAUUCUUAUGUGGAAGGCUCCUGAGUACGAUGGUGGAACUCCAAUCACAAACUAUAACAUUGAAAGGAAAGACAAGAUUGGUCUUCGCUGGGUAAAAUGCAACAAGAAGAAAGUAAAAGACUUACAGUUCAAGGUAACUGGGCUUCUAGUAACACAUGAAUAUGAAUUCAGAAUUCUUGCAGAGAAUGCAGCUGGAUUAAGCGUACCAAGCAAUUCAAGUCCUUUCUACAAGGCUACUGACACCCUCUACGAACCAGGCCCUCCAGGCAACCCAAGAGUUGUGGACACAACCAAGUCAUCCAUUACGAUUGCAUGGAACAAGCCAAACUAUGAUGGUGGUUCUGAAAUCACAGGAUACAUUGUGGAGACCUGCGUUCCUGGGGAGGAGGAAUGGACAAUUGUUACUCCGCCAGGAGGACUAAUGGGUACAUCGUUUACCCUUAUGAACUUAGAGGAGGACAAAGAGUGCAUGAUUCAAGUUUCUGCCGUAAACAGUGAGGGUAUUGGAGAGGAAGCAACUAUUCCUGGCACACCGAGAGCUCAAGACAGGCUGCUUCCACCGGAAAUUGACCUGGAUGCAGAGCUAAAGAAGGUUGUGAAUAUCAGAGCCUGUAACACAUUGAGACUCUUUGUACCUAUCAGAGGAAGACCAUCACCCGAGGCAAAAUGGACCAAAGAAGAUGGUGAACCUAUUACGAGAGCAACCAUUGAAAGCACAACUUCUUACACAUCACUGGUGGUGGAAAAUGUCAACCGAUUUGACAGUGGCAAGUACGUGCUCACAAUAGAAAACAGUUAUGGAUCCAAUACAGCUACUGUGAAUGUCAGAGUGCUAGAUACCCCAGCUGCCCCGCAAAAUCUCAAGAUCAACAGCGUCACUAAAGAAUCUGUCACUCUUAUCUGGGAUGAUCCAGUAAAUGACGGUGGAGCAAAGAUUAAGAACUACAUUGUUGAAAAACGUGAAUCAACAAGGAAAGCAUAUGCCACUGUAAAGUCUAACUGUCAUCAGAACACCUGGAAAGUUGACCAGCUGCAGGAGGGAUGUAACUACUACUUCAGAGUUUUAGCCGAAAAUGAAUAUGGAAUUGGCCUACCAAUUGAAACCCGUGAAUCAGUUAAAGUUUCUGAAAAACCACAGCCUCCUGCCAAAAUCACCCUUGUGGAUGUUUCCAAGACUAGUGCAACCCUGUCUUGGGAGAAACCAGAGCAUGACGGAGGAAGUAGAGUGGUAUGCUAUGUUGUUGAGAUGCUGAGCAAAGGUGCCGUGAAAUGGGUCCAGUCUUCUAUUGUCAAAACAUUAGAAGCAGUUGUCCCUGGACUGACACCAGGUGAAGAGUACAUGUUCCGUGUAGCAGCAAGAAAUGAAAAAGGAACAAGUGAUCCACGUCAAAUUGGUGUGCCAGUGAUUGCUAAAGAUCUUGUGAUUGUCCCAUCAGCUAAAAUGUUGUUCAACACAUUCAGUGUACUAGCAGGAGAGGAUUUGACAGUACAGAUUCCAUUUAUUGCUCGUCCCCGAGCAACUAUUUCAUUCAUAAAGGAAAAUGUACCUAUGAAGCGUACCACCAGAGUUAACUUUGGAGGAUCAGAUAAAGUGAUCAAUCUUCAGAUCAAAGAGGCAUGCAGGGAAGAUGUUGGUCAGUACCGGAUCAUACUCGCAAACACUGCUGGGGAUACAUCUAUAUACAUCUCAGUAGUUGUUCUUGACAAACCUGGACCACCAAAGGGCCCAAUUAAAGUUGAGGCUGUUACUACUGACAGCGUGCUUUUCUCCUGGGCUCCACCAGAGUAUGAUGGUGGUGCAACAAUCAACAGCUACAUUGUAGAAAAGAGAGACACAUCCACACAAACUUGGUUGGUCGUGUCUCCAAAUCAUGCAAGAACAACGAUUAAAGCUUCGAGGCUGAAAAACGGUUCAGAGCAUCAGUUCAGGGUGACAGCUCAGAACAGGUAUGGAAAGGGCCCAUCUCUGACCUCAGGGUCUGUUGUUGCUCAGUAUCCAUUCAAAUUACCAGGCCCUCCAGGAACACCAUCUGUACAAUCUUCCACAAAGGAUAGCAUGGUAGUUGUGUGGAAUGAGCCUGUUAAUGAUGGUGGAAGUACUGUGCUGGGGUAUCAUCUUGAGCGCAAAGAGAGAAACAGUAUUCUCUGGGUAAAGCUCAAUAAGUCUCUUCUCCAGGAUACAUCUUACAAGACCACUGGCCUGGAACCAGGACAGGAAUAUGAAUUCAGAGUUUACGCUGAAAACAUUGUGGGAAUAGGAAAAGUUAGCAAACUUUCCGAAGGUCACAUUUCUAGAGAUCCUUGCGAUCCCCCCGGAGAUCCUGAGGCUACUAAGAUAACAAAGGAUUCUGUAACAAUUGCAUGGACAAAGCCAGAGUAUGAUGGUGGUGCCAAAGUCACCGGCUACAUUGUAGAGAAGAAAGAGUUGCCAGAGGGCCGCUGGAUCAAAACCAACUUCACAAAUAUCAUUGAAACUGAGUAUGUGGCGACCAGCCUUGUGGAGAACCAGAAAUAUGAGUUCCGUGUUAUUGCAAGAAACGCAGCAGGUGUAUUCAGCCUUCCCUCAUACAGCACUGGACCAAUUACUGCUAAAGAUGAAAUUGACCCUCCUCGUAUUAGCAUUGACCCACAGUUCACACAAACUGUUUAUGUUAAUGCUGGAGAUGGCUUCAAAAUCGAUGCCGAUGUUCAUGGUAGUCCAAUACCUGAAAUCCUCUGGAUGAAGAGUGGCCAUGAGGCACCCCUUGCAAACACCAUCACCAGAGACAUAAAAAAUACAGACAGCACCACUUUGUUGACUGUCAAAGAGGCUAAACUUGAAGAUGGAGGCAAGUACACUUUACUUCUAAAGAAUCCAGGAGGCGAGAAGUCAGUGAAAAUCAAUGUGGUUGUUCUGGAUAAACCUGGGGCACCACAAGGUCCUAUCUCUGUCACUGGCAUCACAAAUGAUCAAUGUUGCCUUGCUUGGAAAUCACCACUAUAUGAUGGCGGCAGUGAAAUCACUCAUUACAUCGUAGAGAGAAGGGAGACAAGCAGAUUAGUUUGGACUGUUGUUGAUAAUAAGUGUGAGUCAAAUUAUCUCAAGGUUACAAAACUCUUGGAGGGAAAUGAGUACAUUUUCAAAGUCCAGGCAGUAAACAAAUUUGGACUUAGUGUGGGUCUGGAAUCAAACGCUGUGACUGUCAAAGACCCAUUCAUUCCCCCAGAUGCACCAAGUAGGUUGGAGGUUUCCGAUGUCAAAAAGGAUUCAGUGGUGAUUACCUGGGAGCCUCCUGGAUAUGAUGGUGGCAGCGAUAUUAUUGGAUACAUUAUUGAGAAGCACGAUAAGGAGGGUGUGAGAUGGACCAGAUGUAAUAGGAAGACAGUUACCGACUUAACCUACAAAGUCACCGGACUUAUGGAAAGUCACAGUUAUGAAUUUAGAGUUCUGGCUGAGAAUGUCUCUGGAGUUGGAGAGCCAAGCUCCCCAACAGUUUUCUACAAGGCUUUGGAUCCGAUCUUCAGACCAGGUGCACCAGUUAAUCCUAAAGUAACUGACAUAAGCAAAACUUCAGUUUUCCUGUCAUGGGGCAAACCUAUAUAUGACGGAGGAUGUGAGAUUCAAGGAUACAUUGUGGAGAAAUGCGAAGUGCCAUCUCCUGCAUCACUCACUAAGCAAUCCAUCGUUGUGGAACCGGCCGCUAAGGCACCAGCUGCUGAGGGAGAGGAAGCACCCGCUGUGGAAGGAGCAGCCGAAGCAGCACCCGCCGAAGCAGCACCCGCCGAAGCAGCACCUGCCGAAGCAGCACCCGCACCUGCAGAAGCAGCACCUGCCAAGGCAGAACCCGCAGAAGAAGGAAGUGCAGAAGGAGCUGCAGAGGAAGAACCUGCUGAGGUGUGGACAAUCUGUACUCCACCAAGUGGCAUCAAACAAACAAGAUUUGAAGUUGGAAAAUUGGAGGAAAUGCAUUUGUACAAGUUCAGAGUUUGUGCUAUCAACAAGCUCGGAGUUGGAGAACAUGCAGAUGUCUCUGGAAUCAUUCUUGUCGAGGAGAGGAUUGAGGAACCAGAUCUGGACAUUGACCCAGACCUGAGAAAGGUUGUGAACAUUAAGGCUGGAUGUUCCCUCAGAUUGUUCAUUCCUAUCAGAGGGCGACCUCAACCUGAAGUCAAAUGGGGAAAGGAUGAAGGUCCAAUUAAGGAGAAUGCACAAGUUGAAGUGACAAGUAGUUAUACAUCCCUUGUGAUUGACAAUGUCAACAGAUUUGACAGUGGAAAAUACACUGUUUCUGCAGAAAAUGCCAGUGGUGAAAAAUCUGCUUUAAUCAGCGUUAGAGUUCUUGACACACCUAGUGCCCCAGGCAACCUCAAAGUGAUAGAUAUCACUGGUGAAUCAGUGACACUUACAUGGGAUGCCCCUGUGUUGGAUGGAGGAGCUAAAAUCAGAAACUAUAUUGUUGAGAAGCGGGAAAGCACCAGGAAAGCCUAUGCAGCUGUGGUGACAAACUGCCACAAAUUAACAUACAAGGUUGAACACCUUCAAGAGGGUUGCAAUUACUAUUUCAGAGUCCUUGCUGAAAACGAACAUGGUGUUGGCUUGCCUACAGCAACCGUUGAUCCCAUCAAAGCCUCAGAGGUACCCCAAAUCCCACGAAAACUGAGUGUUGUUGACCAAACCAAGACAAGCAUCUCUCUUGCCUGGGAGAAGCCUGAGCAUGAUGGUGGAAGUAGAAUAAUUCAUUACCUGCUAGAGAUACAACCUAAAGGCACUGAGAAAUGGUCAGGCAUUGCAACUGUCAGAGCAAUGGAGUCUGUUGUUAACAAUCUAAAUCCGGGUGAAGAAUAUCUGUUCAGAGUGUUUGCCAUCAAUGACAAAGGAAAGAGUGACCCAAGGGAACUUGCACUUCCAGUGACAGCAAAGGACCUUGUUAUUGAGCCUGAUGUUAGACCUACAUUUAGCAAUUACAGUGUUCGGGUUGGUAAAGACUUCAAGGUAGAAAUCCCGAUCGCAGGACGUCCUAAACCAGUAGUUAAAUGGACAAAGGAUGGAUCAAUCCUACUCCACACCUCAAGGGUUAAAAUCACUAACACACCAGAUAGCACAACUCUAAGUAUCACAGAGGCUACAGGAGAAGAUGGCGGAAUGUAUGGCAUUAAUGUUACUAAUGUAGUUGGGGAAAAGAAUGCAACCAUUGAAAUCAUUGCGCUUGAUAAACCUGGCCCACCAAGUGGACCUGUAAAGUUUGAUGAAGUUACUAUUAACACUGCAACUAUUUCUUGGAGUCCACCAAAACAUUCUGGUGGCUGCCAGAUUUCAAAUUACAUUGUUCAGAAGAGAGACACAACCACCACAACUUGGGAGAAUGUUGCUGCCUCUGUGGCAAGAACUACGCUCAAGGUGCAAAGGCUGAAAACUGGGGCAGAAUAUCAAUUCAGAAUCAUUGCUCAAAAUCGAUAUGGCAAGAGUUACGGUUUGGACUCACAUCCUGUGACUAUAAAGUACCCUUACAAAGAGCCUGGCCCACCCGGCACUCCAUUCAUUGCAUCUCUCUCCAAGGAAUAUAUGGUUGUGGAGUGGCAUGAACCAGUCGCAGAUGGAGGCAGUUCUGUUCUUGGCUAUCACCUUGAACGGAAAGAGAGAAACAGCAUCCUCUGGACUAAGCUUAACAAGUCACUCGUUAAAGACACCACCUACAAAACCGGUCCCUUAGAGGAGGCUGUUGAAUAUGAAUUCAGAGUUUAUGCUGAAAAUAUCGUUGGCAUUGGCAGAUGCAGCAAAAUCUCAGAGGGUUGCGUUGCACGUGAUCCAUGUGAUCCUCCUGGCACACCAGAGGCUAUCAUUGUAAACAAAGAGUCCAUCACCAUUGAAUGGACAAAGCCAGAAUAUGAUGGAGGCAGUGUGAUUACUGGUUAUGUUGUUGAGAAACGUGACCUUCCAGAGGGACGCUGGAUGAAGGCAAACUUUACCAACGUUAUUGAGACCAGAUUUACUGCCACUGGACUAACUGCUGAUGCACAAUAUGACUUCAGAGUCAUUGCUAAGAAUGCAGUUGGAACAUUCAGCAAGCCAUCUUAUAACAGUGGACCUAUAACAGCAAACGAUGAGGUGGAAGCGCCAAGAUAUUCUAUUGAUCCUGCGUUCACCAAAACGAUCAUCAUCAAUGCGGGAGACACAUUCAAACUUGAUGCUGAUGUACAUGGAAAGCCAGUACCCACAAUCCAGUGGUUCAAGGAUGACGUGGAAAUUGAAAAGAAUACAAUGAGAUUGGAGAUCAAAAAUACAGAAAGCGUCGCAAUGAUAGUUGUGAAGGAUUCUGUCAGAGUUGACGGUGGAAAUUACAAACUUGUACUGACAAAUGUUGCUGGCUCAGAGACAGUUCCAUUCAAGGUGAAUGUACUAGACAGACCAGGACCACCUGUUGGUUCUCUCCAUGUCACUGGAGUCGCUUGUGACAAAUGUACUCUGUCAUGGCGUGCCCCACUACAUGAUGGAGGCAGCAACAUCACACACUACCUCAUUGAGAGGCGUGAAACCAGUCGUCUUGCUUGGACUAUGAUUUCUAACAGCUGUGAGACCACAGUGUACAAAGUAACUAGUCUGCUGGAGGGCAAUGAGUAUAUUUUCCGUGUCAUGGCUAUCAACAGUUAUGGCGUUGGUGAACCUGUGGAGUCUUCAGCAGUAAUAAUGAAAAAUCCAUUUGUUGUCCCUGGAGCACCACAUGUUAAUGAUGUAACGAACAUUGCCCGGGAUUCAAUGACUGUCUGCUACUCUGCACCAGAGACCGAUGGUGGAAGUGACAUUACUACUUACAUCAUUGAGAAGAAAGACAGAGCUGGAGUUAAAUGGACCAAAUGCAACAGGCAAAAGGUCACAGACCUAUCUUUCAGAGUAAUAGGUCUGACAUCAGAUCAUGAAUAUGAGUUUAGAGUAUCUGCUGAAAAUGCAGCUGGUGUUGGUGUGCCAAGUCUACCAACGUCAUACUUUAAGGCCUGUGAUCCCAAGUACAAACCUGGGGCACCCACACAUGCACAUGUGAUUGAUACCACAAAGAGCUCAAUCACAGUCACAUGGGGAAAGCCUCUCAACGAUGGCGGCUGUCCUAUCCAGGGAUACAUUGUAGAGAUUUGCAAAGCUGAGGAGGAGGAAUGGACAAUGUGCACUCCACCAACAGGCCUGCGGGUCAACAAAUUCGAAAUCACAAAACUUACAGAAGGUCAAGAAUAUCAGAUCCAGGUCUGUGCUAUCAACAAACUGGGUGUUGGUGAACCAGCAGCUGUAUCUGGAACAUCUAAACCAGAGGAGAAGGUAGAGGAUCCAGAAAUUCAACUGGACUCGGAAUUGAGGAAAGGAAUUGUGGUGCGUGCUGGAGGAUCUGUGAGAAUCAAUGUACCAUUCAAAGGCAGACCAACGCCAGAGAUUAAGUGGUGUAAACUGAAAAAGGUUGAAGAAGUGGAGGAAGAACAAGAAUUGCAAGAGAAAGCAGUGGUUGAGAAAGGUCUCAACUAUACUCAGCUUUCCAUUGACUCUUGUGACAGAAGUGAUUCUGGAAAGUACAAUGUGACUGUGGAGAACAGCAGUGGUACCGUUUCUGAAUUUGUAACUGUGAAAGUGCUAGAUACACCAGGUGCCCCUCUGAAUCUCAAACUGACAGAGAUCAAGAAAGACUCCAUAACUCUUGUUUGGGAUGCCCCUCUUACUGAUGGCGGUGCGAAAAUCAAGAAUUAUGUUGUUGACAAACGUGAAUCAACCAGGAAAGCAUUCGCAAAUGUAACAACUAAGGUCAACAAAACAACCUACAAGGUUGAAAACCUUGUUGAGGGGGCUAUGUAUUACUUCAGAGUUAUGGCUGAGAACGAAUAUGGAAUUGGAUCGUCUACUGAAACAAAGCUUGCAUCAAAGGCCUCUGAGGUGCCUCUUCCAGUCGGAAAGAUCUUCUUGACUGAUGUUACUAAAGUCAGCGCAUCUUUCAGAUGGGAAAAACCAGAGCAUGAUGGUGGAAGCAGAAUUACUGGUUACCUAGUUGAGAUGCAGCAAAAGGGAGGGGACAAAUGGGGUGUUGCGACAUCCACAAAGGGCGAUUGUCAUGGCACAGUCACCGGACUUACUGCUGGACAGGAGUAUCUGAUCCGUAUCAUAGCUUACAAUGAGAAGGGAAAGAGUGAGCCUAAAGCACUGGCUAUGCCAGUUGUUGCUAAUGACAUGACUAUUGAACCAAGCUUAAAACUCAUGUUCAACACCUACACCGUCAAAGCUGGUGACGAUCUGAUAGUAGAAAUCCCAGUGUUUGGUAGGCCGAAACCCCAUAUUGUUUGGAAGAAAGAGGGUCUGCCAUUGAAAAUAACAACAAGAGUGAAUGUGAUAAACACAGCAACAACUGCUGCCAUUAAAAUUACUGAGGCAUGUAAGGACGACUUUGGAAAGUAUACCAUUACGGCAGCUAACACAGCUGGCUUAUUCUCUGAAGACAUAGGAAUCACAAUCCUUGACAAACCUGGUCCACCAACCGGACCCAUUAAAGUCCUUGAAGUGAGCAACAACUCUGUCAGUCUUUCAUGGGGAGCCCCAGAGUACACAGGCGGAUGUCAAAUAAGGCAUUACACUGUGGAAAGACGAGAUUCAACACAAACAACAUGGCAAAGUGUGAAUGCACAGCUUGCUAGAACAGCUAUCAAAGUAACCAAGCUGAAAACUGGCGCAGAGUACUGUUUCAGAAUCUGUGCUGAGAAUAGAUAUGGAAAGGGCGCUCCUUUGGACACAAAACCAAUUGUGGUGCAAUAUCCAUACAAAUCCCCAGGACCACCCGGAACUCCAUACAUCAAAUCUGCAACAAAGGAUCAAAUGAUUAUUGAAUGGAAUGAGCCAGUCAAUGAUGGUGGCAGCACGGUUAUUGGAUACCAUCUUGAAUCUAAAGAAAGAACCAGCAUUAUGUGGACGAAACUCAACAAAGCCCUCAUCGCUGAUACCUCUUUCAAGAUAUGUAAUCUUGAGGAGGACAUUGGAUAUGAAUACAGGGUCUAUGCUGAAAACAUUGUUGGCAUUGGCAGAGCAUCCAAAAUAUCAGAAUCGUUCAUUGCUCGAGAUCCAGUUGAUCUACCAGGUACCCCUGAGGCUACUGUUAUCUCCAAGAACCACAUUGUGAUUCAAUGGACUAAGCCACUGUAUGAUGGAGGCAGUAAGAUCACUGGAUAUAUUGUGGAGCGAAGAGAUCUAGCCAACAUUGAGGGUCGCUGGAUGAGAGCCAACUUUACCAAUGUCAUUGAGACAGAAUUUACCAUCUCUGGCUUGACAGAAAAUGAACAAUAUGAGUUCAGAGUGAUUGCAAGAAAUGCAGCUGGUAUUUUCAGUGAGCCUUCUGACAGCACUGGACCCAUUACUGCCACAGAUGAGAUUGAAGCACCAAGAGCCUCAAUGGAUCCUAAAUACAAGGAUGUCAUUGUUGUUAAUGCUGGGGAUAACUUAGUUUUGGAUGCUGACAUCUAUGGCAAACCCGCUCCUGAGGUCUUAUGGUUGAAAGAAGGAAAGCAAAUGGACAAAGCUCUUCGAAUUGAAGUGAAAACUACACAGAAACGUGCAGCUAUAACAAUCAAGGACUGCACAAGGUUAGAUAGUGGAAACUAUGACCUCAGUCUCACCAAUAUCGGUGGGGUAAAGACAAUCCCAAUCACUGUGAAGGUCCUUGAUAAACCAAGUGCACCCACUGGACCACUGAGAGUCACUGGAUUGACCGCCGACAGAUGCUUCCUAUCCUGGACUGAUCCCUCUCUGGAUGGUGGUGCAGCUAUAACUCACUAUAUUCUGGAAAAGAGAGAGACCAGUCGGUUAUCCUGGACUGUGAUUAACGCAAAUAUUCAAGCUACAAAUUUCAAAGUGAUCAACCUACUGGAAUUGAACGAAUAUAUCUUCAGGGUUAGGGCUGUGAACAAAUAUGGCGUUGGUGAUCCUUUGGAGUGUGAGGCAGUAACUGCACGCAAUCCAUACAAGCCUCCAAGUGGACCCGGAACACCUGAAGCAAGUCAAAUAACAAAGGAUUCUAUGGUCCUAUCAUGGUCAAAGCCAGAUAACAACGGUGGAGCAGAAAUUGACUGCUACCAUCUUGAGAAACGUGACAAAGAUGGUGUAAGGUGGACCAAAUGCAACCGGCAGCCAUUGACGGAUCUACACUUCAAAGUCACUGGACUUUUGGAUGGUCAUUUCUAUGAAUAUCGUGUUUCUGCAGAGAACGAAGCUGGAGUGGGAGAUCUGAGCGAACUCUCACUGUUCUACAGAGCAUGCAAUGCUACAACAGCACCUGGACCACCACACCAUCCUAAGGUGACAGAUCACACCAGCUCAACUGUGUCCUUGACUUGGGGCAAACCCGCUUCCGACGGUGGAGCAUACAUCAAAGGGUACAUUGUUGAAAUGAGAAAGGUGACAGAAGAGGAGAGGAAAGCAAUGGAAGAGGAAAAGAAGAGGAAAGAAGAAGCAGCAGCAGAAGAAGAGGAGUAUUCAGAAGAAGAGGAGGAAGAACCUCCUAAGGAGUAUGAAUGGACCAUAUGUACACCACCAACUGGCAUCCAGGCGACACACCUCACUAUUAAGGACUUGAAGGCAGGACUAGAAUACAAAUUCCGUGUCUGUGCUAUCAAUUCAGAGGGAGUUGGUGAGCCUGCAGAUAUCCAUGGCACUGUGAUUGCUGCAGAAAGAGUUGAGGCACCAGAGAUUGAACUGGAUGCCAACCUCAGGAAGGUUGUCUCUGUUCGUGCAGGUGGAUCUCUGCGUCUGUUUGUCACAAUCAGAGGAAGACCUGAACCUGAAGUUAAAUGGGCAAAGCUGGACGGCGAGCUGACAGAACGUGUCAUGAUAGAAUCCACAAGCUCAUACACUAUGCUUGUAAUUGACAAUGUAAACCGAUUCGACAGUGGAAAAUACACAUUGAACCUUGAGAAUAACACUGGUGAAAAAUCAGCACUUAUCAAUGUCAGAGUGUUGGACACACCAAGUGCUCCACAGGCCUUUGCGGUCAAAGAUAUCAAAAAAGAUUCUGUGAAUCUUGUUUGGGAAACACCACUCACAGACGGUGGAUCAAAAAUAACUAAUUACAUUGUGGAGAAGCGAGAAUCCACCAGAAAGGCUUACACUGCAGUGACAACUAACUGCUUAUCUAAUUCCUUCAAGAUUGAGGAGUUGCCAGAGGGAUGCAUUUUCUACUUCCGUGUCUGUGCUGUGAAUGAGUAUGGCAUUGGGUUGAUGGCUGAAACCAAAAACCCAAUUAAAGUUUCUGAAGUGCCUAUGCCACCACAAAAUGUCAGAGUUACGGAUCUCACGAAAAACAGUGUAACACUUGCCUGGGAAAAGCCAGCUCAUGAUGGUGGAAGCAAAGUAAUGUGCUACAACGUUGAGGUGCAAGGUAAGGAUGACAAGGGUGCCCAGAAGUGGAAUGCUUCAUGCACAGUCAAAAUCCUGGAAGCAACUAUUGCAAACCUAGUAGCAGGUGACGCAUAUUCAUUCAGAGUCAUUGCAAUCAACGAGAAGGGAAAGAGUGUACCAAAGGAACUUGGUCUACCUGUGACAACAAAAGACAUUGCUAUUGAACCCUCAAUUGAGGUGUUAUUCAACACUUACAGUGUGAAGGCUGGAGGUGAUCUUACAGUUGAAAUCCCAGUUAGGGGCCGACCUAAACCUGUUAUUGCAUGGAAACAUCAUGGCCUUCCUUUGAAGCAAACAAGCUCAUUGACAAUUCUGAAUACCAAGACCUCAUCCAAAAUUAUUAUAAAGGAGGCGGGCAGAGAACAUGUCGGAAAAUAUGAAAUCACUGCCGCAAACCCAGGUGGAAUAAAAAUAGCAGAGAUUGGAAUUAUUGUCCUUGACAAACCUGGUCCACCAACUGCUAUCAAACCAACUGCUGUAACUUCAGACAGUAUUUCAUUGUCAUGGGCUCCACCAGAGUAUGAUGGUGGCUGCUGCAUCAACAACUACAUUGUAGAGAAGAGAGAUACAAAUGCAACAGAUUGGCAAAUGGUCUCAGCCAAUGUUGCAACAACAGCAAUUAAAGCCUCCCGAUUGACAAAGGGUGCUGAAUACCAGUUCCGUAUCUAUGCUGUAAAUCGUUAUGGAAAGAGUCAACAUGCAGAUUCCCAUGGAAUUACAGCCCAGUAUAACUUCAAGCUACCUGGCCCACCAUCUACUCCUAAAGUGGCACAUGCAACCAAGAUUUACAUGCUUGUCACAUGGAAUGAGCCAGUCAAUGACGGAGGAAGCACAGUUCUUGGAUAUCAUUUGGAGCGAAAGGAGAGAACCAGCAUCAUCUGGAACAAGAUGAACAGAGGUCUCAUCAAAGAUACAGAAUACAAAGUGACUGGCAUUGAAGAGGGCAUCGGGUACGAAUACCGCGUUUACGCUGAAAACAUUGCUGGAAUUGGAAAAUGCAGCAAAGCAUGUGAGGCUGUUUCUGCAAGAGAUCCAUGUGAUCCCCCUGGCGAGCCAACAGUCACAGGUAUCACAAGAACAUCGGUAUCCCUCGCUUGGACGAAGCCAGAGUACGAUGGUGGAUCCAAGGUUACUGGUUACAUUAUUGAACGCAAAGAUCUCCCAGAAGGCCGCUGGAUGAGGUGUAACUUCACCAACGUGGUGGAAACCUACUAUGACGUCACAGGCCUGAUCAAGGACCAGCAGUAUGACUUCCGUGUCAUUGCAAAGAAUGCUGCUGGAUGCUUCAGUGACCCAUCUUAUUCCACUGGUUCAAUCACAGUCAAGGAUGAUGUGGAUCCACCACGUAUCAUGAUGGAUGUGAAGUACAGAGCUGUUGUAGUUGUGAAAGCAGGAGAUGUUCUUAAAAUCAAUGCAGAUAUCGCUGGGCGUCCACUGCCAGUUGCAUCAUGGAAAAAGGAUGACAAGGAGAUCGAGCUCAGGGCCAGAAUUCAGAUUCUUGCAACAGAUACCAGCACCUCAGUAAUUGUGAAGGACUGCAUAAGGCGUGAUUCUGGACAAUAUACUUUGACUCUGCAAAACAUUGCAGGAACAGUAUCUACACCAGUGGACGUUGUGAUCCUGGAUAAGCCAGGACCUCCCGCUGGCCCCCUGGCGACUACAGGCAUUACAGCAGAAGACGUCACCUUAGCAUGGGGUCCUCCUCAAGAAGCAGGCGGCGCUGAUAUCACACACUACGUUGUUGAGAAACGUGAAACAAGCCGUCUUGCUUGGACAGUGGUGAACGGAGAUCUGAACAGGACAAAUUUCAAGGUCACAAAUCUCCUCAAGGGUAAUGAAUACAUCUUCAGGGUCACGGCCGUCAAUAAGUAUGGACUUGGUGAGGCCAUUGAGAGUGAGGUCGUCAAAGUGGCUGAUCCAUUCACAAAACCAUCUGCUCCCACAAAUUGUGAGAUCACGGAGGUAUCCAGUGAGGAGAUGACACUUGUCUGGCAGAAACCUGUUUCAGAUGGAGGCAGUGAAAUUACAGGAUAUGUGAUUGAAAGGCGUGACACGGCAGGUCUACUCUGGGUCCGUGUGAACAGAGAGCCUGUGACUGAAUUGACAACCAUAGCAACUAAACUACGAAAAGGAUAUGAAUACGUGUUCCGCGUGUUUGCUGAAAACGCUGCUGGUUUGAGUCCUCCAAGUGAAGCAUGCCCAUCGUUUAGGGCUGAAGAUGAACAGGUCGAACCAGACCCACCAAGUAAACCAAAGGUUGUUGAUUCAACCAAGAGUUCUAUCUCCAUCAUUUGGAACAAGCCACUAGAAGAUGGUGGAGCUCCAAUCCUUGGAUACAGUGUGGAGUAUAAGAAACUGAAGGACGAGGAAUGGACAGUGGCCAUUCAGAACAUAAAGAGCACAGAGUUCACCGUCUCUGGACUUACAGCAGAUGAAGAAUAUGAGUUUGCUGUUAAGGCAAUAAACAAGAUUGGUGAAAGCGAGCAAAGCCCAAUUUCUGAGCCUAUUGCAGCAAUGGAUAGAACCGUGGAGCCUAUGUUUGAUGUAGACAUAGAAAUGCGCAAGACAUUGAUUGUCAAGCAUGGCAACUCAUUCACUCUGACUGUACCAUAUAAGGGAAAACCUGCACCUUCAGUAGAAUGGAGCAAGGAGGAAGUAGAUCUCAAGGCAAGAGCAACCAUUGAAACUAAUCAAAGCUGCACUUCACUAACAAUUGAAACGGCAACAAGAAAUGACUCUGGACAGUACACUGUAACAUUAGAGACUGGCAUUGGAGACCCAGUAACAUUACCAAUAGUUGUAAAGGUUCUUGACUCUCCUGGUCCACCACUUAAUGUAUUGGUUAAGGACGUCACCAAAGACACUGCUACCAUUACAUGGGAAGCUCCAGAAAAUGAUGGAGGUGAUGCUGUGAAGGCCUACCAUGUUGAGAAACGUGAAGCCAGCAAAAAGGCAUGGGUGUGUGUGACCAACAACUGCCACGCAUUGUCCUACAAAGUGAAAGAUUUACAAGAGGGAGCUUUCUACUACUUCAGAGUCAUGGGAGAAAACGAAUUCGGAGUGGGUGUAGCUGCUAUACCCAAGAAUGGAACAAAGAUUACAGAAAAACCAAGUCCACCUCAAAAGCUUGGGGCUAUUGCGGUAACCAAGGACAGUGUUACAAUCGGAUGGACGAGACCAGAACACGAUGGUGGAAGCAGAGUAACUCAGUACUUCAUCGAAGCACUUGAGAAAGGACAACCCAAAUGGGCGAAGGUUACUCUUGUGAACACAACUUCCUUCCAAAUCAAAAACUUGAAGGAGAAUGGUGAAUACUUCUUCAGAGUUAGCGCUCAGAAUCAUGCUGGACUCGGCGAACCCAAAGAGAUGAUCAUUCCUGUUGUAGUGAAAGAUCAACUGGAGGCCCCAGAUUUUGACAUGAAAAACUACCCCAGCAAUACUGUCUAUGUGAGAUCAGGAUCAAAUCUGACCUUCGAGCUUCCUAUGACCAGCAAACCUUUGGCAAAGGUUAUUCUAGCAAGAAACACCGUUAUUCUGAAACCAUCCAAGAGAUUGGUCACUCAAGUUACUGCUGAAAGCCUGAUCAUCAAACUGAACGAGAGCAUUGCAAGUGAUGCUGGCAGAUAUGACAUCAUCGCCUCCAAUACAAGUGGUAUCACCAAGAUGUUCAUCAACAUCGUUGUGUUGGAUAGACCUGGUCCUCCAACUGGCCCUAUUGAGGUUGGCGAAGUGACUGAAUCCACAGUGGCUCUCAAAUGGGCUCCUCCUGUGUAUGAUGGUGGCAGCCCAGUUACCAACUACGUUGUACUGAGACGUGAAACAAGCACACCUGCUUGGACUGAAGUGUCCUCUCAGGUUGCGAGAAGUGCCAUAAAGGCCAGCAAGCUUACCAAAGGAGAGGAAUAUCAGUUCAGAAUCAAGGCAGAGAAUCGCUUUGGUAUCAGUGACCACAUUGACACCCCACCAAUCACAGUGAAGCUUCCAUACACAUUCCCUGGCCCUCCAUCAACACCAUGGGUAACCAUGGCUUCAAGAGAGAGCAUUACAGUCAACUGGAACGAGCCUGUCAUAGAUGGAGGAAACACUGUCACGGGCUACCACCUGCAAAUGAAAGAGAGAAGCAGUAUUCUGUGGCAAAAGGUCAACAAAGUAGCAAUCAUUGGAACACAACUGAGAGUAACAAACAUCUGCCCUGGCCUCAUCUACGAAUUCAAGGUGACCGCAGAAAAUGCAGCUGGUAUCGGAAAAAUCAGCAAAACGUCAGAAGAAGUGCUCGCCAUUGAUAACUGCGAGCCCCCGGCAGCUGUAAGAGUCUCAGAGAUCACAAAGAACUCCAUCAGUCUGGCCUGGGUUAGGCCGCCUUAUGAUGGUGGCAGCAAGAUCACUGGAUACAUGGUGGAGAGGAGGGACUGCCCUAAUGGCAGAUGGACAAGGGCCAACUUCACUAACGUGAUUGAGAUGAACUUCACAAUGUCAGGCUUGACCCAGGAUGAAUCCUACGAGUUCAGAGUUUACGCAAAGAACGCAAUCGGUUCUAUCAGCAAUCCAUCUGAUGUUGUUGGUCCAAUCACUUGUGUCGAUUCAUGUGGUGCCCCUGCAAUCGAUCUUCCUCCAGAGUAUUUAGAUGUUGUGAAAUACAAAGCCGGAUCCAUGGUUAAGAUCAGAGUGGGAAUUCUUGCCAAGCCUCUGCCAACAAUUGAGUGGUACAAGGAUGGAAAAGAAAUGGUGUCAAGCACUACACUAUCCAUCGAGAGCACCACUGAUUCCUCUGGUCUUCUCAUCAAGGACGCAACUCGUAGCCACACUGGCACAUAUGAAAUAAAGAUCAAGAACGCUCUGGGUUCGGCAUCUGCCACCAUCAGGAUGGAAGUUCUAGACAAACCUGGACCACCUCCUGGCUUGAUUCAGUUUAUGUUAGUCACAGCAGACAGGAUCAUGCUCAAGUGGGAGCCAAUCACUGAUGAGGGUGGUGCUAAGGUCACCCAUUACGUUGUGGAGAAACGUGAAACCAGCAGAGUGGUAUGGUCUACCGUGUCUGAGAGACUAGAAGAGUGCUACAUAGCUGUCAUGAAGUUGGUACGAGGAAAUGAGUACAUUUUCCGUGUGAGGGGUGUCAACAAGUUCGGAAAUGGAGAACCCUUGGACUCUGAGCCUGUUGUUGCCAAAAAUCUAUUUGUUACCCCAGGACAGCCUGCCACACCAGAGGUAACAACUAUAACCAAAUCAACAAUGGUAGUUGUAUGGGACAAACCAGGUGUGGAUGGCGGUAGUCAAGUAACUGGCUACUACCUUGAGAGACGUGACAAGAAGAGCCUUCGCUGGAUAAAGGUCUUGAAAGAUCCGAUUAACAACACCACUACGACUAUCUUUAACCUAACAGAAGGCAAUGAAUAUCAAUACCGUGUGUGUGCCAUCAACAAAGCUGGAGAGGGCCCCUUCUCAGAUGUGUCUGACUACUACAAAGCAGCUGAUCCAGUUGAACCACCAUACGAACCUACUAAGCUAAAAGUGGUUGACUCAACCAAGACAUCUAUCACCCUUGGAUGGGCCAAGCCAGAGUGGGACGGAGGCAGUGAGAUCCUCAGCUACGUUGUUGAACAGCUGACGGACGUGGAAGGUCUACGACGCAAACCACGUAAAGAAGAAUCAUCUGAAUCAGAAGAAGAAGAAGAGGAGGAGGAAGAAGCAGACGAUGGAGAAUGGGUUGUAAUCAGCCAGAAGGGAGAAGUGAGGACAGCAGAGUACGUUGUGUCCGGCCUAACACCAGAUGUUGACUACUACUUCCGCGUAUCCGCAGUCAACAUCGCAGGGCGUGGAGAGGCCAUUAAGAUGAAAGAGCCUGUUCAGGCUAAGGAUAUUCUGGAGGAAGCUAUCUUCGAUCCAGAUGUUGCCAUGAGAACUCACUACAUCGUAAAAGCCAAGCAGGAUGUGGAGAUCACAGUGCCCCUCAAGGGCAGACCUGCACCUAGUCCUACUUGGAUGUUCGGAGAGGAGAACAUCGACAAUAAUACAAAAUAUGAAUUCCACCACACAGAUAUUACAUCAACCCUUGUUAUUCCAGAAGUCAGCCGUAAUGACUCUGGAAAGUACACUGUGAAGAUUGAAAACGGUGUAGGAGAGCCAAAGUCAAUGACGCUGUCUGUGAAGGUUCAAGACUCACCAGCUGCCUGCACGAACCUGGUGUUGAAGGAUGUCACUCGUGGCAAAGUAACCAUGUGCUGGGAAGAACCUGAACUUGAUGGUGGUGCUGAUAUUACCAAUUACAUCAUUGAAAAGAGAGACUCAUCCAAGAGAUCCUACUCUAGUGUGACAACCAAAUGCACAGAACAAUUUUAUACCAUUGAAGAUCUCUCAGAGAAAACAUCCUUCUUCUUCCGUGUAUCAGCAGAGAAUGAAUUUGGAAUAGGUGAUCCUUGCAGCACAGUUGAACCAGUAAAAGCUACAGAAACUCCUGGUCCAGUCAAAGAAGUUGCUAUGAAGGAUGCCUCAAAGACCUCUGUAACACUGCAGUGGGUAAAGCCUGAUUACGAUGGUGGAAGCAUCAUAUCUGACUACGUCAUUGAGAAGAGACUCAAGGAUGAAGAGGACUGGGCAGCCGCUGGCUGCAGCAAACUAUGUGAACACGAAGUACCAAAACUCAAAGAAACCUCACAAAUGCAUUUCAGAGUUGCCGCCAGAAAUGAGAAGGGAAAGGGUGAUUUCACUGAAAUUGGACCAAUUGAAGUGAAGGACUUUGUCAUCCCACCAGAGGCCAACCUGGAUGAGUAUCCAGGUGGGGAAAUCAGUGUCCGUGUGGGCCAUAAUGUACACAUUGAGUUGCCCUAUAAGGGUAAACCCAGACCUGCCACAUAUUGGCUUAAGGACAAUAUGCCACUGAAGGAGAGCGAACUAGUACGCUUCAGGAAAACAGACAACAAAGUUGUUCUCAUGAUCAAGAAUGUGAGACCAGAGCAUGGUGGGAAAUACACACUUACUCUUGAUAACAGGGUGUACAGGAAAUCCUUCAAUGUUUUUGUCAUAACUCGCGGACCACCAUCGAAGCCUGUCGCACCCAUCAACUUUGAUGAGGUCAGAGCAGACAGUGUUACAAUAUCCUGGGAGGAGCCAAACGAUUACGGAGGUGGAGAGAUCACUUGCUACUCUGUAGAGAAGCGCGACACAUCUCAGAAUGACUGGAAGAUGGCAUGCUCUAGUGUCACUGACACAACAUUCAAGGUGCCCAACUUGAUCAAAGGAAUACAGUAUCAGUUUAGAGUGCGUGCUGAGAACAUAUAUGGAGUCAGUGAGCCACUGGUGUCACCAAGCGUCGUCGCUAAACACCAGUUCAGGCCUGCAGGUCCACCAGGAAAGCCUGUUGUGUACAACGUCACCAACGACGGAAUGACCAUUCAGUGGGAGCUGCCCGUCUUCAAUGGCGGCUGUCCAAUCAAGGGCUACCAUGUUGAGAAGAAGGAGAAGAACAGUGUCAUGUGGCAGAAAGUCAACACUGUGGCUAUCCCUGGAACAGACUACAGAAUCCUUGGCCUUAUUGAAGGACUGGAAUAUCAAUUCAGAGUCUACGCACAGAAUGAUGCUGGAUUCAGCCGCAAGAGUGACGAAAGCAACACCACCAUGGCAGUUUCUCCAGUUGAUCCACCUGGUCAACCUGACUACACUGAUGUGACCAGCAAUUCUGUCGCACUGAAAUGGGACGCACCCAAACGUGAUGGAGGCAGCAAGAUUGUGGCCUACAAUGUUGAGAAACGCCAAGGACAGGGCCGCUGGCUGAAGAGCAACUUCACUGAUGUCCACGACACCCAGUUUACUGUCACUGGUCUUGCUUGCAAUGAACGCUAUGAGUUCAGAAUUAUUGCAAGAAAUGCUAUUGGCGUAAUGAGUCCCCCAUCUAACUCAUCUGGAUACAUCGUGGUCAGAGAUGAAAGUGCUUCUCCAAACAUUGAGUUUGGCCCAGAGUAUUUUGAGGGACUCACAAUCAAGGCAGGAGACAAUAUGAGACUGAAGGUAUCGAUCAGUGGACGGCCACAGCCCAAGGUUGUGUGGUUCAGAGAUGGCGUGCAAAUCACCAAGUCGAUGAUGGACACCACCACAGUUGCUGGAUCAAGCAUGCUCUUUGUACGUGAUGCUGACCGCAGUCACAAAGGAACUUACACAGUGGAAGCCACCAAUAACCAAGGAACCAAGAAGGAGGACAUCAUUGUCCAAGUCCAUGAUACUCCUGGAGAACCGGUGGGACCUAUCAUUUUCAGUGAUAUCUCUGAAGGAAAAGUGACCCUCACAUGGAAUCCACCGGAGAAUGACGGCUGCUCGGACAUCGCUCACUACAUUGUUGAGAAGCGUGAGACCUCUAAGAUCUCUUGGGCACUUGUCUCGGAUUGCUGUAAAGAAACAGUAUACCACGCCACCAAGCUGAUGAAGACCAAUGAGUACCAGUUCCGUGUUUCUGCUGUCAACAGGUUUGGUACCGGCCGACCAUUGGAUUCAAGUCCCAUCAUUGCACAAAUGCAAUACACUACUCCUGAAGCACCUGGCACACCUGAUUCCACGGCAGUUUCUGGAGACAGUAUCACACUAGCAUGGGAAGCUCCCACAUCUGAUGGAGGCAAUCCUAUUCAGUACUACAUUGUUGAAAAACGUGAGAAGAAGACUGUCCGCUGGGACAAGGUGAGGUCAAAGAAGCCCAUUGUGGAGCCUGCACACCGGGUGGAUCAUCUCACUGAAGAUAUGGAGUACGAGUUCCGUGUGAUGGCAGUAAACAACGCUGGUAUCGGCGCACCCAGUAACAUCUCAAUGGCCAUUAAAGCCAGCGAGCCAAAGGAUAUUGCAUGCGCUUCAUCUGUGGUUCAUGUAACUGACUCUACAGAUACAACUAUCAGUUUGGAAUGGACCAAGCCUAAAGACGAUGGUGGCAGUCCCAUCUAUGGAUACGUCAUUGAGUUGCACAAGGUAUCUGAGGAAGAACUAAAAGAAAUACUAGCUAAACCUAAGAAGGUGGUAGACAGCUCAGAAGAUGAAGAUGAAGAGGAGGAGGAAGAAGAGAAAGAAGAGGAUACCAGAGAAUGGAUCAGAAUCAAUGAGGAUCUGGUCAAUGACACAAAAUAUGUUGCAACUGGUUUGGAAACUGGUUCAUACUACCUGCUUCGUGUUUCUGCCCAGAAUAGUAUUGGAAAGGGAGAGGAGCAAGAGAUUCCUGAGCCAGUACCGGCUGUGGACAGACACGUAAAACCUGACGUUGAUAUUGAUGCUACCUUCAAACAAACACACAUUGUGAAGAAGGGAGGCACCGUCUGUCUCCGUAUCGCCUACAAAGGAAAACCAACUCCUUCAGUUAAAUGGAGUAAGGAAGAUGAAGAAGAACUUGGUGUUAUGACAGAUAUUACUACUACAGAGACCUACACUGCUCUGACAAUAGAAAAGUGUACCAGAUACGAUUCUGGAAGAUACACCCUUACUCUGGAGAACAGCAGUGGCGUAAGGGAAGUUGAUUUCAUUGUAAAGGUGUUGGAUACACCUGGACCUCCAGGACCUAUUGCAUUUGCAGAAGUGUCCAGAGGAGCACUGACACUGGUUUGGGAACCUCCAGCUAAUGAAGGCGGAGCACGCAUUCAACAUUACAUCGUAGAGAGGCGUGAGGCAAGUCGUCGUACCUGGAACCAAUCCGGUGGCAAGGUCACUGCGCUAUCCUUACAUAUCCAGGAUCUUCUGGAAGGUGUUCCCUACUUUUUCAGAGUCUCAGGAGAGAACCAGUAUGGUAUUGGCGAGCCUUUUGAGACAAUAGAUCCCAUUAUUGCUACUGCAGAGCCUUCUUCACCAAUGAGAUUGGAUGUUGUGGACGUCACAGACACUACAGCAACACUCUCAUGGGUCAAACCCGAGCAUGACGGUGGUAGUCGUAUCACAGGAUACAUCAUUGAGCAUAAGGCAAAGACCACAGAUAAAUGGGUCAUUGGUGGUGAGACCAAGAACGAGAGCAUCACUCUAGAGUUAUGUAGGACUGCAGAAUAUGAAUUCCGCGUUAAGGCAAAGAACGAUGCCGGCAGCAGCUUACCAAGAGAAGCACUAUCCUCAGUGGUAAUCAAAGAGCCACAAAUUGAACCAACUGCAGAUCUCAGUGAAAUAUCUAACCAGGAGAUCAUCUGUAAAGUGGGUAAUACCUUCACCAUCGAUGUUCCCAUCACUGGUAGACCAGCACCGAAGGUAAUCUGGAAACUGGAGGAGAUGAGACUGAAGGACACUGAAAGGGUUGCAAUCAAGACUGUCAAAGACAGGACAACCCUGUCUGUCAGAGACGCCAUGAGGGGCGAUGGUGGCAGAUACUUCCUCAGUCUGGAAAAUUCUGCUGGAUCCAAGACGUUCUUCGUUACUGUCAAGGUCAUUGGAAGACCUGGUCCCCCCGUUGAACCCGUUGAAGUUUCAUCCAUAACAUCAGAAUCAUGUGAGAUUGCUUGGGCAGCACCAGAGGAUGACGGUGGAACGGAUAUCACCAACUACAUCAUUGAGAAGCGUGAAUCUGGCUCCACUGCCUGGACGCUCAUCAACUCCAGUGUGAAACGCACCAACCUCAGUGUGGGACAUCUGACAAAGUACAUGCAAUACACCUUCCGCGUCAGUGCUGAGAACAGAUUUGGCACAAGCAAAUCAACUGAAUCUGAGACCAUUGUCGCUGAGAAUCCAUUCGGUCCUCCUGGUCCACCAACCAGACCUUCUGUAUACAACGUUGCUUCCACCACCUGCCACAUUCGCUGGGAGGAGCCAUACCAUGAUGGUGGCAGCAAGGUGACUGGAUACUGGAUUGAAAAGAAAGAACGCAACAACAUCCUUUGGGUGAGGGAGAACAAGAUCCCAUGCUUUGAAUGCGACUACAGUGUAGAUGGACUUAUUGAAGGCCUUUCGUACCAGUUCCGUGUCUUUGCAAUGAACAGUGGUGGCCUUGGCAAAGCUAGCGAGGCAUCCAAGCCUAUGGUGGCUCAAAAUCCAGUUGAUCCUCCUGGUAGACCAGAAGUAACUGAGGUGGGCAGAUCUACAGUGUCCAUCAAAUGGUCUACACCACUUGACGAUGGUGGCUUCCCAAUUGUGGGUUACAUUGUUGAGCGCAAGCCAUACACCAUCACUGGCGAAGGUCGCUGGCUGAAGUGUAACUACACCAAUGUCACAGAAAAUAACUUCUCGAUCACUGCACUUGGUGAAGGAGAGGUCUACGAGUUCCGAGUCAUUGCCAAGAACUCCAACCAAGUUUUCAGUAUGCCUUCAGAGUCAACCGGCGCAGUCACAUGCAAAGCAGAAUACACUCCUCCAAAGGCAGACCUCGACAGCAAACUUCUGGUAGACACGGUUACAAUCAGAGCCGGCGCAGACCUUGUUCUGGACGCUACUAUUGGUGGUAAACCUGACCCCAAAGUGUUCUGGGCCAAGGGAGAGAAGGAACUGGAGCUGUGUGAGAAGUAUUCCCUGCAGUACACCAACACACGUGCUAUGGCCAUUAUCAAAUUCUGUGACAGAGAUGAUACCGGGAAGUACGUUCUCACUGUGAAGAACGCCAGUGGCAUCAAGUCAGCCGAAGUUAACGUGCAAGUACUUGAUACACCUGGUGCUCCUGACGGCAAAAUCACAAUCAGCCAUAUUUCUGAAGAGAAAUGCACCGUGUCUUGGAAACCCCCUCUGGAGAGUGGUGGUGACCCGGUGACACAUUACAUUGUUGAGAGACGCGACACCAACAGACUCAACUGGGUGAUCAUGGAAGCUGAGUGCAAAGAACACACCUGUGAGAUCACCAGACUGUUCAAGAACAAUGAGUACCUCUUCCGCGUGAGAGGCGCCAACAAGUAUGGAUCUGGCGUUCCACUGCAAUCUGGUCCUAUCAUUGCCAGAAACAUGUUCACUGUCCCAUCUGCUCCUGGCACACCAGAGAUUCUUGCUGUAGGAAAAGAUUUUGCUAGCAUUGAAUGGCUAAAAUCAGAGACCGACGGUGGCAGUCCUAUAACUGGUUAUCUGAUUGAGAAACAUGAAAAGAAGAGUGCCAGAUGGAUCAAGGUGAACAGAGAUGCAACACUUAUGGACACAAGCUUCAAGAUAACUGGCCUCGUGGAGGGCAACAUCUACCAGUUCCGUGUAUCAGCUGUCAACAAGGCUGGUGAGAGUGAACCCAGUGAGCUGUCUCUAUAUGCUGUCUGCAGAACGCCAACAAGUACUCCUCCUCCUCCCACAAUUCCACGUAUUAUCGAUACUACCAAGGACAGUGUCAGCCUUGCUUGGACCAGACCCUUGGAGGACGGAGGUUCUGAUAUCAUCGGUUACGUUCUGGAGAUGCAACAACAGGAGGAGGGAGUUGAGAAGCCGCCUGAGCCAAAACCUGAGAAGGUACCUGAGAAGGUCGUUUCGAAGGGAGCCAGUCUAGGAGCCAAGAAAACAGUUGUGUUUGUGGAGGAAGAGUCGGAGGAGGAAGACGAUGAGGAGGAGGAGGAGGAAGAGGAAGGUACAGGUGUGUGGGUUAAGGCCCAUGAGAAGAACCUGAGACUCACAGAACACGUUGUGACUGGCCUUACAACUGGCAAGAUGUACCGCUUCAGAGUGGCUGCAGUUAACUUCAAUGGAGUCGGUGAAUUUAGUAGAGCCUGCGCAGCAGUCGAGGUUAUCGAGAAAAUUGAAACUCCUGAUAUUGAGCUUCAUGAUGAUAUGACCAAGACCAUCUGCCUGAGAGCCGGAGGUUCUCUUCGUCUCUUUGCCACGGUCACUGGACGACCAAUCCCUGCAGUUACCUGGAGCAAACCUGGUGUCGACCUCAACAACCGUGGCUUCAUUGAAGUCACUAAAACUUCCACACAAAUCAUUAUUGACAAAGUGCACCGCUAUGAUGCUGGCAAAUAUACCAUUGAGGCAAAGAAUGAAACUGGCGAAAAGACAGCUACCAUUAUUGUCAAGGUCUAUGAUACUCCUGGUCCAACCGGCCCAAUUAAGAUCAAGGAACUUGAGAAGGACUCCAUUACCAUUGCAUGGGAUCCUCCUACUGUUGAUGGUGGAGCACCAGUGAAUAACUACAUCAUUGAGAGACGCGAAGCAUCAAUGAGAGCUUACAAGACAGUGACAUCCAAAUGCAGCAAGACAUCAUACAAAAUCGACGGACUCUUCGAGGGAAUGCUGUAUUACUUCAGAGUCCUCCCAGAAAACCUGUACGGUGUGGGAGAGCCAUGUGAAACCACUGAUGUCAUUUUGGUGUGUGAGGUGCCUAUGCCCCCUGCGACACUGGAGGUUAUGGAUAUUACCAAGACCACAGUAACACUUGGAUGGGAUAAACCAGAGCAUGAUGGUGGAAGCAGACUCACAGGCUACAUCAUUGAAGCUUGCAAAUUCGGCACAGACAAAUGGAUGAAGGUGACAACAGUGAAGACAACUGACUUUGAGUUCACUAUGACUUCUUUGACUGAGAAAGACCAGUUUAUGUUCAGAGUAAGAGCUGUUAACAGCAGGGGAGCCAGUGCACCAAAGGAGCUUGUUGCAGCCGUAACAGUCCAAGAACAAAGAGUUCUGCCAAAGGUUGAUCUGUCUAGCAUCCCACAGAAGUUUGUCAAUGUGUUGGCUGGUAAACCACUUGAGCUGCACUUGCCAAUAGUCGGUAGACCCCCACCAGUUUGCUCAUGGUACUUCCGUGGUCAGAAGCUGAAGAUCACUGAGCGUACGAAGAUUCAGACCACUGGAAAGUUCUCUAAGCUAACCGUGCUUGAUACAACCAUCAAUGACAGCGGUAGCUACACUCUCGAAGUGAAGAACGUCACAGGAGAGACCUCUGAGAUCAUUAAAGUGAUCAUUCUUGACAAACCUGAUGAGCCUAAAGGACCAGUCAGGUUCGAUGGAGUUGAUGCCACCUCAGUGACCAUCAGCUGGGAUCCUCCAGAGAGAACCGGAGGUGCCCCUGUCAGUGGAUAUGUUGUUGAGCAGCGUGAAGCCCACCGUCCUGGAUGGCUGCCAGUGUCUGACUCUGUCAGUAGACCAACAUUCACCUUCGUCAAACUGACAGAAGGAGAUGAAUACAUGUUCCGUGUCGCAGCAGUCAAUCGCUACGGCGUUGGUAACUGGCUGCAGUCUGAAGUUGUGAUGUGCAAGAGCGCAACGAACAUCCCUGGACCUCCAGGCAGACCGACAGUAUUUGACAUGUCUCGUGAUGGCAUGACCAUUGCAUGGCUGGAACCAGAGGAUGAUGGUGGAUCCGAGGUGUCUGGAUACAUCAUUGAGCGCAAGGAGGUCCGAUCUGACAGAUGGGUUCGUUCUAACAAGAACCCAGUCACCAUGACCAGAUACAGAUCAACAGGUCUGAUAGAAGGCCUUGAGUAUGAACAUAGAGUAACGGCAAUCAACGCCAGAGGUGUUGGCAAACCAAGUGUUGUCUCCUUAACAGCAGUGGCAACUGAUCCCGUUGAUCCACCUGGCUCACCCCAGAACCCAAGAGUCACAGACACCACAAAAUCAUCAGUGUCCCUGGCCUGGAGUCCUCCUGAUGAGGAAGGCGGAUGUAAGGUCUCAGGUUAUCUGAUUGAGAUGCAGAAGGCAGGCUCAGUCGCCUGGAUCAAAUGUAACACAACACCUUCUCUGAUCUGUGAAUACACACUCACCAAAAUGCCCCAAGGAGAGGAGUUCAAGUUCCGUGUGAUGGCUUGCAACGCCGGUGGACCCGGAGAACCCGCUGAGGUCCCUGGAACAGUCACCGUGACGGAAAUGCUUGAAAAACCUGAUCAUGAACUGGAAGCCAAGUACAAGGACGUCUUUGUCGUCAGAUAUGGCAGUGUCGUCAAACUCUCAGUACCCAUCAAGGGUAAACCAGUCCCUACAUGCAAGUGGACAAAGGAAGGCGCUGAUGUGCCUGAGAGAGCAAUGAUCGCUUCCAAUGACGACUGCACUGAGCUGGUAAUCAAGGGCGCAGAAAGAGACGACUCUGGCACUUAUGACCUGCUGCUUGAGAACAAGUGUGGCAAGAAGAGUGUUCACAUCAAGGUGAAGGUUAUUGGCCGUCCAACUGCUCCAGAGGGACCACUUGGAUUCGAAGACGUCCAGGCACAAUCUGUUAAGUUGACAUGGAAGGCUCCUUCAGAUGACGGUGGCUCUGAAAUCCUUGGAUACAUUGUUGAGAGACAGCAGGUUCCCAAGACAGCCUGGUACACUGUGGACACCAGGGUGGUGGACACAUCUUUGGUUGUGAAGGGACUUGAGGAGGGACAAGAGUAUCACUUCAAGGUGACAGCUGAAAACACAUUCGGUAUCAGUGGAUCUCUGAAGUCAACAGAACCCCUCGUACCGAAAACUCCUCUCUGUCCCCCAGAGACAUCAAGCAUCCCACCAGAGGUUAUGGAUGUCACUAAGAGCUCUGCCUCUCUGUCUUGGUCGAGACCUAAGGAUGAUGGUGGCUCUGCCAUUACCGGAUACUAUGUUGAGUACAAAGCAGUGUCCUCUGAGACAUGGGUUCGUCAUGAGAAGAAGGUCAUUUCAACCCAGUUUACCGUCCCUGGACUCACUGCUGACGCUGAAUACCAGUUCCGUGUUAUUGCUCAAAAUGAUAUUGGAGACAGCGAACCAGGACCUGCAUCCGAACCAGUCACAUGCAAAGAUCCAUUCGACAAACCAAGCCAACCAGGCGAGAUUGACACAGUAACUGUCACAAAGGAUGCUGUCGCUAUCAAGUGGGCGGCGCCAGAAUGCGAUGGUGGAAAGGAGGUCCUUGGUUACUGGGUUGAAUACAGGAAGUCUGCAGAGGCUACCUGGAAGAAAUGCAACAAGACACGCACCAAGGAGAAAAAGUUCACCAUGACUGGUCUGGCCGAAGCCACUGAGUAUGAGUUCAGAGUGAUGGCUGAGAAUGAGACCGGAAUCAGCAGACCACGCAGAACAGCCACAUGCAUCAAGACGAAACUGGGUGCUGGAACUCAACCAAGCCUGAGGAAAGAAAUGGAUGAAGCUACCACUAAAUUAUACCAACCAGGAAUUAUGAAAUGCCAGAUUAUUGGUAGACCUCUUCCCGAUAUCAAAUGGUAUAAAUCUGGCAAGGAGAUAAUCGAGUCUCGUAAAUAUGAGAUGAGCUCUGAUGGCCGUAACCAUUCACUGACCAUUAUGACAGACCAGCAAGAGGAUGAAGGAGAAUACACAUGCAAGGCUAUCAAUGAUGCAGGUGAAGCAGAGACCAGUGGCGUUCUGGUUUUGGAAGCUGCUCCACAGUUCAACCCUGACUUCCCAUUGAAGAAUACCUACUAUGCCGAAAGCGGCACCACUCUGCGUCUACAUGUUGCCUACAUCGGACGCCCUGAGCCUAAGAUCAUGUGGCUUUAUGGAGCUACAACUGUGGUGGCUUCUGAGAAUAUCAGCAUUGAAAACACAGAACAUUAUACUCACCUUGUGAUCAAGAAUGUGCAACGCAGGGUACAUGGAGGAAAGUACAGAGUCAGACUGCACAAUCACUUUGGCAGAGCUGAUACUGUCAUCAAUGUUGAAAUCCAAGAUAAACCUGCAAUGCCUGAAGGUCCCAUUGUACUUGAUGCCCUGUUGAAGAACUCUGUGAUUAUUAGCUGGAAACCACCAAAGGAUGAUGGUGGCUCAAUGAUCACAAACUACAUUGUGGAGAAGCGUGAAGACAAGGAGGGUGAUGACUGGACACUCGUGUCCUCAUCCAUCACAGGCACAAACUGCCGCAUUGCCAACCUCGUUGUAAACGCUGGGUACUUCUUCCGUGUGUAUGCUCAAAAUCGUUAUGGUAACAGUGAGCAACUGGAGAUCCCUACUCCCAUCCUUAUCAAGAGUUCAAUGGAUAAACCUUCACCACCACUGCUGCCAGUGGUUUCUGGUGUGACCAACGUUUCCUGUGUCGUGUCCUGGAAGCCUCCACUCAUUGAUGGUGGCUCCAAGAUCAAGAGCUACUGCCUUGAGAAGAAGGAGAAGAAGGGCGAAUGGACACCUGUCACUACUGAUGAAAUCAAAUCCACAGUCUUCUCUGUCAAACGCCUCACUGAAGGAUGCGAAUAUAUCUUCCGCGUGAACUGUGAAAAUCUUGGAGGAGUGAGUGAAUGGAGUGUGGAAUCUGAACCAGUCGUUCCAAAGAUGCCUGUUGAUGUCCGUGCUCCCGCCUUCAAAGAAGAACUGAGGAAUAUGAGUGUCAAAUACAAGAGCAACGCCACCUUCGUUUGCAAGAUCACAGGACAACCCAAGCCUGUAAUUAAAUGGUUCAGACGUGGCAAGGAGAUCCAGUCUGACGGAAAGAAACUGAAGAUUCAAGAGUUCAAGGGAGGCUAUCACCAACUGGUUAUCUCUGCUGCUGAUGAGGAAGACUCUACCGUCUACCAGAUCAGAGCAACCAACCAGGGAGGAUCCAUCUGCACCACUGUCUCUCUGGAUGUUGAAGUCCCUGCCAAGAUUAACCUGCCCAAGAAUCUGAAGGACAAAGAGGCAAUCCCUGCCCUCCGUGGAGAGAUUGUGAAUAUCAAGAUUCCAUUCAGUGGCAAACCCGAUCCUGUCAUCACCUGGCAGAAGGGACAAGACCUCAUCGAUAACAACGGAUACUACCAAGUCAUCGUCACAAGGUCAUUCACAUCGCUUGUGUUCCCCAACGGAGUUGAUAGGAAGGAUGCCGGUUUCUACAUCGUUUGUGCCAAGAACAGAUUUGGCAUUGACCAACAGACAGUUGAACUGGAUGUUGCAGACGUGCCCGACCCACCACGUGGUAUCAAAGCAAGUGAUGUUUCUAGAGACUCAGUCACUCUGAGUUGGCAAGUACCUGCUAAUGAUGGUGGAAGCAGAGUAAACAGCUAUGUUGUGGAGAAGUGUCCCACAACAGCUGACAGAUGGGAACGUGUUGCCCAGGCUCGUGAUACUCGCUACACCGUCAUCAACCUGUUCGGAGGAACCAGCUACCAGUUCAGAGUCAUAGCCGAGAACAAAUUCGGUCAAAGUCAACCAUGUGAACCAAGUGGUCCCGUUACAACAAAGGAGGAUAAAUCAAGAGUCCUUGGCUAUGACAGCGAGGUUAGUGACAGAGAUGUGCCCAAGCAAAAGGCUCCCCAUUCAAGUGCCAAGAAUGUGCAUACCAAGUACAUGAUUGCUGAGGAGCUGGGACGUGGCCAGUUUGGUAUUGUUCACCGUUGUGUUGAGACCAGCUCUGAGAGGACAUACAUGGCCAAAUUCGUCAAGGUGAGGGGUGCAGAUCAAGCAUUCAUCAAGAAAGAAAUUGCAACACUGAACCUAGCCAGACACAACAACUUCUUGUGUCUUCAUGAGUCCUUCGACAGCACUGAGGAAUUAGUCAUGAUCUAUGACUUUGUCUCAGGUCAAGACAUCUUUGAACGCCUCGGCACAGCCGACUUCGAGCUGAAUGAGCGUGAAAUCGCCAACUACAUCAGACAAAUAUGUGAAGCUCUUGAGUUCUUACAUGACAAGGUUUAUGGUCACUUUGACAUCAGGCCUGAGAACAUUGUGUACACCACAAGAAAGGGCAGUAAAGUCAAGAUCAUUGAGCUAGGACAGGCAAGACACCUGACUCCUGGGGACCAGAUCAAGGUUCAGUACACUACAGCUGAGUACACUGCUCCUGAGAUCCACCAGAAUGACAUGGUCAGUAGUGUUACUGACAUGUGGCCAGUUGGUGUUCUAGUCUAUGUCCUUCUCAGUGGACUCAAUCCAUUUACCGCCGAGACUCAUCAGCAGAUGAUUGACAACAUCUCAAAUGCUGAGUACAGUUACGACGACGAAACCUUCAAGGUGCCUACUGUUGAAGCAUUAGACUUUAUCAACCGCCUUCUCACCAAGGAGCGCAAGCACCGGAUGACUGCUGCCCAGGCUUUGGAACAUCCUUGGCUGAAGAUGCCAACAGAAGAACUCAGUGCCACAGCAAUAACGACCACAAGGCAUAAGAGAUACUACCAGGCCAUGGCAAAGAAAGAAUGGGCCACUGUUGUUGCAGGAGCAAGAGUCGCUAGCGGCGGUGCAAUCAGAGCCCAGAGAGGUGUCACAGUCGCCAAAGUAAAGAUCGCACCAUUUGAACAUGGCCCAGUCGGUGGUCAAAUCAUUCAUACAGUGGUGGAUGUGGGAGCAGAUGUCAAAUUUGCUUGCAACAUUGAGAACUACGACAGCGCCACAGAGGUAACAUGGUACUGCGGUGUGCGUCAACUAGAGGCAAGUGACAAGUAUGAAAUCGACUAUGAGGAUGGUCUGGCUGUCAUAUGUAUCAAGGGCGUCACUAAAGCAGAUGACGGCACCUAUAGAUGUAAGAUCAUCAAUGAUUACGGUGAGGACAGUGCCUACGGAGAGCUCUUUGUAAAUGGAGUCAGAUCAUACCGUGAGUACUUCACAGCCCGUGUGGUGAGGAAAGUGAAACGUAGAGUGGACACAGCAAGACUGCUCCAGAAACCACCAGAGUUCACCCUGCCCUUGUUCAACCAUGCAGCUUACAUCGGAGAAGAUGUUCGCUUUGGUGUGACUAUCACUGUGCACCCUGAGCCUCGUGUUACAUGGUACAAAUCUGGCCAGAAGAUUGUUCCUGGUGAUGAUGAGAAAAAGUACACUUUCAUAACCGACAAGGGUCUUUAUCAAUUGGUGAUUCACUGUGUUGAUGCUGAAGACGAUGCGGAGUACUCGGUUGUGGCCCGUAAUAGAUUUGGUGAUGACAGCUGUAAGGCAAAACUUGCUGUGACACCUCGCCCAGCACCAGCAGACAAUACCUUGAGGCCCAUGUUCAAACGUCUCCUGGCAAACGUGGAGUGUAGGGAAGGCCAGAAUGCACGCUUUGAAAUCAGAGUGUCAGGACUCCCAACUCUGAAGUGGGAGAAGGAUGGCAUGCCAUUGGCAUUUGGUCCACAAAUUGAAGUGGUCCAUGAGGGCCUGGAUUACUUUGUCCUGCAUGUGAAAGAUACUCUACUUGAUGAUUCUGGCUGUUACAGAGUUACUGCAACCAACUCAGCUGGAUCUGCCAGUUGUCAAGCCAUUCUCAAGGUGGCCCGCGUCACCCAUGUGAAGAAGGUUUACGAGAGUGAAAGAGACAAAAAGAAACAAACAGAGAAAGAACAAAUUGAGAAGAAGGUCAGAUUAUCUCAAAUCAUGUCUGGAACUGAUGUCAUGCCACUUCCUGCUUUGGCACAACAAGCUUUGAGAGAAGCUACAUUGUUGUGCCAACCAGUAGAGGCAACCAAGAAGGACAAGACUGAAGCUGAAGAUAAGAAACGGAAAGAAGAAAGGGCAAAGAGAGCAGAGGAGAAGAGACUGCGUAUGCCUUAUGAUGUUCCCCAACCUCGUGAACGUGGCCCAACUGCUCUUUUGGAAGACAUGGAAAUCAAACACUACAAACCUUGCUCCGACAUGAAAUGGUACAAGAAACUCCGCGAUCAAUAUGAGUUCCCUGAACCAAUGGACAAGAUUUCACAGAAGAGACUGAAACGCAUCCGUCUCUCCAGGUGGGAUCAGUUCUACGAAGUCCCUCUGCCAAGAAUCAAGGAAUCUUACAAGCCAAAGUGGCGUCUUCCACAAGUUUCACAGGAUGAUUUGGAGACUGUCAGACCUUCAAGGCAGCGCACUCCGUCUCCUGAAAUAGAAGCAUAUCACAGAAUUAGAAGAAGGUCUCUUGGUGAUCUCUCAGACGAGGAGCUUCUCCUGCCAAUUAAUGAAUAUCUGGCAAUGAAGAGAACUGAGGAGGAGAGACUUCAACUUGAGGAAGAACUUGAACUUGGCUACUCUGCAUCCCCACCAAGCCUUAGCCCUCUGCGCUUUGAAUUAGGUGCACUGCGCCACACAUCACCAAGACGCACGGUCUAUGAAGGAGAGGAAGAGGGUGAAGAGGUUCCAUUAUAUGACAACUAUCGUAUUCCUUCUAAGUAUGAGGCUGGUCCAAGCUAUGUUGACCUUCGCCUGCGCCAUGACAAGGCUACAUUCAGACCGCCAAGACAAAACCAGAGAGUGUUUGAGGAGAGGGAGGAUCGAGAAAUGCUGAGAAAUGUGAAAACAACUCAAAGAAUAACCAGUUACAAGAGUGAACUGAAACGCAUGGAGUUUGAAGAAAAAACUAGAACCGUGAAGAAAGACAGAACUACAACUUCCCAUGUGUCAACAUAUAUAGCAACUAAAACUGAGGGGAGAAGGUCACCCACCCCCGAAAGAACUCGUCCACGUUCCCCUAGUCCUAUUGCUAUUGCCAGAUCAGCCUCCAGAUCCAAGGUGGAGACUGUACAGGUGGCCAAAGUUGACCACCUGGCAAGAUAUGAGUCAAGAAAAGCCGUUCUGCGAUCCGAGAGGACAUCAGUAGAAAGGAAGGAGGUUGUAAGUAUGCAGCCCUUCAGCCUCGACCAUACCCCACGAGUCACUGUGAGGAUGCGUUCCCACCGUGUGCCAUACGGUCAGCACACCAAAUUUACACUGAACGUCCAAUCAAAGCCAACCGCUGAGGUGAAGUGGUACCAUAACGGACAACUGAUAACCGAGAGCAGGAGGUACCGUAUGUCCAACCUGAGUGGAGUUCUGUAUCUUCAAAUUCUUGACUGCACCACAGAGGACAGUGGCACUUACCGUGUCGUCUGCACUAACGCAGUGGGAGAAUGCUCAGACUACGCCACUCUGGAUGUCGCAGGCAUGGGAGAGUAUUCUAGCUAUAUGGCACCUCGCGAAGACGAGGAACCCCCAGCUCUUCCUGUGGCAACCAAGAAAGGUGCUUACCAAAUAUCAUCCUCCAAGACAGUGAAGACAGUUGAAACACACGAAACACACAUGGAGGAGUCCAGCACCUUUAAAGGAAAGAAGACUACUCUACCCGCGUCUAUCCUGACAAAACCACAGUCCGUCACCUUAAAUGAGGGAGAGACUGCCAGAUUUGCAUGUGAUGUUGACGGUGAACCAGUGCCAACUGUAACCUGGAUGCGUGAGGGACAAAUUAUCGGAUCAUCUGUUCGCCACCAUGUCACUACAGAACAGUACAAGUCUACUUUUGAAAUCACCUCUGUUGAGAUGUCAGAUGAAGGCAGCUACUCAAUCGUGGUAGAAAACUCUGAGGGCAGCCAAGAGGCGCACUUCAGUCUAACCAUCCGCCGAUCGGAAGCCAAAGAGGAGGCCUCUUCUACAGUGAAAUACUCAGACGAAGAGCCCACAAUGCAUUCCCCUAGUCCAGUCACGUCUCCACCAAGAAUGAAGUCUCCUGAAUCAAUCAGCUCUCCAAAGAGAGUUAAGUCCCCUACCAGCCCUACACCUAAAUCACCCACUGAGAAAGUCACCCUCAAAACCAAGCCCUCCAUCUCAUCUGGCCUUCAGGACAUGACUGCAUCUGCAGAUUCCAUCGUCAAGCUGACAUUGAAAAUGACUGGAGAUCCUAAAGCUGAGAUCUCAUGGAUGAAGGAUGGAAAGACUCUCAUUCACGGUGGAAAAUAUGAAAUGUGUGAAGAGCAUGAUUCGGCACACCUUGAAAUCUAUGAAUCUGAGGCCUCUGACAGUGGAGUUUACAAAUGCACAGUCACCAAUAGUGCUGGGUCAUCAUCCACAAGCUGCAUUGUCUCUAUUCAAGCCUCAAACAAAACCAAAGCACUUGCAACAAAAACAGAAAUUUCAGAGCAAGUUAUGAAAAAGGAAAUUGUCUACGGGGAGGUUGAGUCUUACACAGAAAUCAAGGCAUCCCAUACUCAGAUGGCCAUGACUGAAGGUCAGUCUCUCACCCUGAGAGCCAACAUCCCCAGAGCUUCAGAUAUCAGAUGGCUCCUGAACGGAAUGGAACUGGCCAACUCAGAGGACUACAGAUACGGUGUGUCUGGAAACAACCAUACUAUGACCAUCAAGAAGGUCAGCCAAUACGAGCAGGGGAUCAUCACAUGUGAAGCCAAAACCGAGCAUGGCCUUGUCAAGUGCCAGUUCGACACUACUGUCACUGAAGCACGAUCAGAUGCACCAUCAUUCCUUGUGCAGCCACGCUCUCAGAAUGUCAAUGAAGGACAGAACGUCAAGUUCAUAUGUGAGAUUGCAGGAGAGCCUGCCCCUGAAAUCGAGUGGCUUAAGGACAACAUAAUGGUAUCUAUGACCUCAAACAUCAAACUGAGCCGUUCCAAAAAUGUAUACACUCUGGAGAUUAUUGAGGCUACAGUUGCAGACAGCGGCAAAUACACCAUCAAAGCCAAAAACAAAUAUGGACAGUGCUCUGCAACAUCAUCUCUCAACAUCAUCACUCUUGUUGAAGAACCUGCCAAAAUGGUUAUAAUGGAGAAAAGUGCUGCUGCUGCCAGCUUGCAUAGUGACAGUUUCUCAGCCACAUCAGUCCAUAUGGCUGGAGCAUCAAUGGCUAAAGCAUCAAUGACGCAGGAAGGCUCUUAUCAACGCCAAUUUGAAAGCAUGUCUGCUGCUAGCAUGUCCGCCAUGACAUCUGAAUCAAUGGUGUCCAUGAGCUCCAGCAGUAUGAUGAAAAUGUCAAGUGAAAUGAUGUCAAGUCAUGCUGUUUCAAUGUCAACUCAUGGAUCCUUAAUGACCGCUCUUACUCAUGGUGGCGGUAAAGCUCCCAAAAUAGAAUCUCUCCCAGAGGAUAUCAGCAUUGAGUCAGGAAAGCCUUUGAGCGUGUCCUGUGCUUUCUCUGGAGACCCAACACCUGAGAUUGAGUGGGCCCGCUCAGGGAAACAGUGUGAUGAAGACAGUGACCGGUUCCACAUCGAAACCACGGAGGACCUCACCACCCUUGUAAUCCCCUGUGUGAAGGAAGACGAUGCCGGAGCGUACACCCUCAAACUGUCCAACGAGCUUGGAUCUGCCAUGGCAACUGUCAACAUUCAUGUUCGAUCCAUGUAAAAAAAAAAAAAAACACGUAAACUAAUCAUUUCUAUCCCCCAUUUUCCCUCCUCCAGUACCUUUUUAUUUAUUGAAUUAGCAAAAAAUAAUCUUUACUUGAUAAAGACCUGGAUUUCUGUUCUUGUAAAUAUGAACUAUUUUUAUACCAAACUUGACAUAAAUUUAUGCCAAACUAGACUAAAGUCUAAAGUUGUUAUAAAAUGUGCCAUAUUGGAUAAUUAUGACUAGGAUUUUUGAACCACUUUUCUGUGACAUGUACAUAAUGUAUAUAGCCGAAUUUAACGGUUAUGGAAAAUGUAUGAAUUGUUAUUUAUGACAAUAUUAACUGAAACAAAAGGAACGAAAUGUUUAACAGGAGAAAGUUUCACAUAAACGAAUACCCUGAAAAACCUGAAACUAAACUCUGUGCCUCAACAAAAAGUUGAAGUCUUAAGAUUUCCUCAACAGGUAGAGAGGCUCCCUGUUGAAGUUUAUACUAAAUCAGAGAAAGACAAUGUUAUGCACCGUGCAUCUGUGCGUGCAAUAUUACAAAUACUCAUAUGAAUUGUAACAUGAUCAUAAGACCCUGAGUGCUGUUUGCAUAUACCCUCAUGUAAGCAGCACAACUAGGUCUUGUGUUCAGACUGACUAUGUCAUACCACCAUUUUAAUGACAUGCUAAAAGUGCGAGCGGCCUGCACUUUGAGCUCUAUUUUUAUGUGCUCUGUUUCUGGCAUUGGACAGUUGAAUUGGCUUUUUAAAACGUAACAUCACCUGGCCAUUAAAAAACAAAAGUCAAUUCAAAUACUUCAUUGCAGAAACAGUGCCACCUCUUGGAGGAUUGUUAGGUAAUAUUUUGUGUGUGUGAGUGUGUUUUAGUUUUAGAAUUUCACCUUGCCAGUAGUCAGGGUAGCCAUCAAGUGAAUGUACCACAGUGAUACCAUCUACCGUGAAACAAAGAAAGCAAAAAGCAUGAAUAAUGAUGCCCUGCACUUUGAUUUAACUGAGUCUAUUGAUGUAGAAUUACUACUAUAUUCAUCCUCCUUGAGUUUUAUUUUACUGAUUUAAUAAAGCAUGAUUUCAGCACUA